GGAGCUCGGCGCGGCAGCGGCAACAGCAGCGUCUGACACAGCCGCGCAUCCGCCUCCUUCCCUCCCUGCCGGCUCAGGGAGACCAAGCGGCCGAGCGCUGCUCCGACACCCUCGCCAGCCCCGGCCCGGCUCGGCCUAGUUGAUUAACCGCAGCGCCGAAAUUGCCUACCUCUCGCUCCCGGCUCCUUGUUUCAGAGGAGAGGGAUUUCCCUCAGCUUCACCUCAUCCCUUCCUUCCUCCUCAUCUCUCCGUUAUCCCCUCCCUCCCUCUUCUGACCCAGCGCGCCCAUUUUCUCGCUCGGCUUUUCCUCCAUUCGCAUCCCUCACCAUGAGGCUGAAGGGCCGGGGAUGCUGCGCCCCGGGCGGAGGCAACGGAGGAGGAGGCGGCGGCGGGGAGGAGAAGCAGCCACAGCAGCCGCCCGGGCCGGCCCCUCCGCCGGUGCGGAGCCCCUUCGCGCACCACCUGCGCUUCAGCGCCCUGCAGAAAGCCAAGGUGGGUGUGCGCGCGCGCGCGCUAAGCGGGGCAUGUCUUUCGUCUGGAGGCGAAAGGGGCGAAGGAAACCGCCGCCCGUAGACAUAGAUAGGGGAGUGCGCGCGCGCGUGCGAGCGGCUUUUCCUCUCCACCCCCCCCCCCAAAUAAAGCAUGUAUGUGUGUAUAUCUUCUCCCGCGCGCGCCCGCGAGACAAGACCCGCUCGUGUGUGCGCGAGACGCACGCGACGAGGGGGGUUGUAUUGCACAACGCGUGGAGACGCCGAGUUGCGCGCCCGGCGGAGGGGAAGGAAUGAGGGGCUCGCGCUCUUGCGCGCGACGCUGCAACCAAAUCGCACCAAUUCUAGUCUCCUAACCGCUAACGCAGAUGGUCUUGAAGUCCUCCUCCUCCUCCUCCUCUCCAUCAUCAGGCUGCGCCUCUGAGGAGGCCUUUCCUUCACCUCUCCGCUUUCUUUCAGCCUCUUCCUGAUGCUUCUCAGUACAACAGGUGCCUAAAGCCCUGAGGCCUGAUUUUUUUAUUUUUAUUUUUUUUGGCUUGGCCUCCCAGGCAGAGCCAAAAGAUUGCAGUAAACUGGCACCCUCUACUGUCUCAGGCAUACCUAGCAAGGGUGGAUCUAGGGAUCAAGGGUGGAUCAGUCGCACUGGACAGCAGAGCUUGUGGGGCGCCACAGCAGUUGCCACAACUAUGAAGUCCAACACAAGGGGCGCGCGUCGGAUUAUGGUAUGGCACGGGGCAUCACUGAUAUUUGAGGCGCCAAGGUCCGCCGCUGUACGUAGUGCUCCUUGCACCCUUGGCAAGGAGCUGUAUUGGCACACACACAUAUGGGGGAGGGGUGUCACUUUACCACAACAGCCGUAUUAGAAAUUACUACGUUUUACAACUACUCCAAGUGUCCAGAGUGGGUGGUGAGGUGAGGAGGAAGGGUGAUUAAAAAAUUUGCACGCCUUUGUGUGAGAAAGAUGGGAAGCUUCUGUGUUCGAUGACGCCAUGACAGCAGCGGCACAUCACCACAAACAUAUACAGUGGUACCUCUGAUUACGUACCUAAUUCAUUCUUGAGGUCCCUUCUUAACCUGAAAUUGUUCUUAACCUGAACCACUACUUUAGCUAAUGGGGCCUCCCGCUGCUGCCAUUCCGCCGCUGCACGACUUCUGUUCUCAUCCUGAAGCAAAGUUCUUAACCUGAGGUACUAUUUCUGGGUUAGUGGAGUCUAUAACCUGAAGCAUAUGUAACCCGAGGUACCACUGUACUGCACAUUGUACGCUCCAUAGCGUGGCAGGUGAUUUCUGCAGCCCCCCGGCCUGGGUCCCAUCGGGACCGGUUUUGCCAACCCCUAGGUACACCUCUGCCCCCUCUAUAGGCAAGUGCUUCCCAUGGCCUCCCAUGGCCUUUUCCCAAGGAAGAGCUGGUAGGAAGUGCCUUAGGUUGUGGCUACUUCUUGAAGUGCUUUCUUCCAGUGGCAUCCAACCCUUCCUUGUCUGCCUUAAUUGGUCUGGAGUGGGAAAGACAGAUGGUGGGAAGUUUGCCUAUGCGGCUAGGCAGUUCCGGCAUCUUGGGCAAUGUGGCUGCCGGUGCCAAAUAAGCCCCAGACUCCCUCUAACCUUUGGAGCUGAAGAGGUGGGGCAGGGAUUGUCAUGCGGUUACUAAGACAGUCGCCCACCUUGCCCACAGCUUCAUGCCUUGGGAGGAAGACUGGCCGCUCACAGUCUCCACAGGACAGCACCAUGCUUUGUCAUAGUGAAUGUGGCAAGUGGGAAUUGCUGAAGCCUGCUAAAGCCUACUCCUAACCAAGGUUCUCAGAAAUAAGGCUCAUUCUCAGCACAGCUGAUUUGUAAGCAUGCUUAGAAUUGCAAAGUAGUCCAAAAGCAGUCCUGGAGUUGGGACUCAAGAGAGACUCUGGCGUUCUUCACACCUCCUAUUCCUUGUUUGUAUGAUGAGAAAGACCAUCUCAUGUCUUCUCAUUUGUGUCAAGGAAAUAAACAACUAUCUUACUUUUAGAAGACAUCUGAAGGCAGCCCUGUUCACAGAAGUUUUUAAUGUUUGAAGUUUUAUUCUGUUUUUAGACCUCUGUUGGGAGCCACCCAGAAUGGCUGGGGAAACCCAGCCAGAUGGGCAGGGUAUAAAUAGUGGUGUUGUUGUUGUUGUUGUUGUUGUUUGUAAUAGGGACUGUAUUAGUGUCCAGCCCCUGCCUCACUUUAGUGCCCUUAAUUUUCCUGCACUGUCCAAGAACAGAGACAUGAGGUUUGAUAAAUUCUCCUUGCUUUAUUGAGGUGCCCAUAUCAGAAUCUUCCCUGGGCCAUAUACGGUUUUAAAAUGAAAUAUGAUAUAUAGCCACCAUAAAUCAUAGCCCUAUCUGAUCUUAAAAGUUUUUGUUACAUUGGAACAAAUUGGCCUCAUUUAGAUUCUAGUCUUCUGUCCAUAAUACCUAGCACUAGAUGUUCAUAGAAUGUCCAAAAUGAGCACAGGAGAAGUUAUGGUAUUCUACUGUGCCAGAACAAUAGUAGCAUACCAGUGCUGAAAAGAUUUGCCCCAUAAGGAUAGCACCCAAACUUACUUUUUUCUCACCUCAUGGGACCAAUAUUUUGGCAGUCCUCUCAGCUGCUAGGCAUCUCAAGGACUUGUUGGCAUGGGGUUCCUCACCCCUCUUCUAAUCAAUGUUUGUGCUAUGCACACUGAUUCCUACUUUCUGCAAGCCAGUUGUGAAUGCUGUUUUGACCCAUACUCCACUUGCAGAAAGAACAGCAAAGUCCAUACAGUUAUACUAUGCAAACUUUUCUGCAACCUGGUACUUUCUCUUAGGCACUGUUUCCCACACUUCCAGCUGAAUGAUGAAAAAUGGUAGUGCAGAAGUGAACGUGGAGAGGAAAGAAUUGUCCAGUAUCACUUCAUUCGUAGCUUCUGGCAUUUGCCUUCCUCUGACCAGAGGAUGCACUUUUAAACUUUGGUAGUAUGUUGCAUCAGGCAUCUUUCAUAAUCAUGUCUAACUAUGUUUUGAACACACACACAGAGACAGACAGCGCAACCACUGUUUUUGGAAAUAACCAUGAAUGACACCUGGAAAGCACUAUAUAGAUUAUUUUUUGAUCUCUUGUGGCAGUGAAUUUUGUACGCUAACAUUGUAUUGCAUGAAAAUGCAACUUCCCCCCAUCUUAACCCGCUUUAAAUUUCCUUAAGUAUUCCUUAUUCGGAUGGAGAAAACUUGAGCAAUAGCCCUCUAUUCACAUUUUCCUUGAUUCUUGGCUAUACUUCUUUCAUUAGUGCUUUUUUCCAUUGAUUUGUUUUUUUAAAAAAAAAAACUUGCUUGAAUGAUACAAAAUCUUAUCUUUCUGUGUGCCCGUUUUCUAAUUCUGCUGGAAGGCAACAAGAAUUACACAUGAAAUUAAAAGGUUUGUCGCCAGUAGGAACGCUCUGGCAGUUGCUCUGACAACUUCUCAUGUGGGCUAGGAAAGAGGUGACUAACCUGUGUCCCUCCAUAUAUUGCUGGGCUCAGGCUUCCAUCAGCUCCAGCCAGCUUGCAUGGUCAGGGAUAGGGGGAAUUGUAUUUCUGCAACAUCUGGAAGGCCAGAGAUUUGUCACUCCUGGACUAGCGCAAGAAGAGGAUGGCAAUUAGCAGACUAAGUCACAACAUAAAUGAGUGAAGCCUCCCCCCACCCCCCACAUGUGCUGGAGGGCUGGGCCAUGGGUGCAAGCAGCAACAAAAAUAUCUGGCUAAUAAGCCAGGUAAAAACUUACGGACUUCUGUGAAUGCCCAAGUUUUGGUUUCCAACAGGCAUCCGGUUGGCCACCAUGAAACCAACAGGCUGUUCUUAUGUUCUUAUAGAACCACUAUAUUUUCUGUGUUACACCAUAAUCCACGCUAGAGAAGUGUAAGCAGAACUCUGCUCAUAUAGCAGUGCCUUCUCCCGUCUCCACCCCUACUAUAGCCUUCUGAGCCCCCUGAAAAGCUGCUCUUGAGGGUUAGGGGCACUCUCCCAAAUUUCAUGCAAUGAUGAGACCACAGUAACGGAGGGGGGAGUGGAAAUCAGGAUCCCAUCUUCUGCCCCUUUCCCAGUUGCCUAACCAAUGUUUAAGAAAGAUGCAUUUUGCAAACUAAUUAAUUGUUUACUGUGUAUAAUGUUUUUAAAACCAUCCUGGCUUCAACUGAAUUGAUUUCCUGAUUGUAGAACAGGAAUUCUCAGAAUAUCUAUAGAGGCAAGAUGUAUUGAUAUAAAUCACUAAGAAGAAGCAUGGUUUAAACCAGGUUUCCCAUUGCAACUUCAUGUGGUUUCUAAACUGUUAUGCAUACUAAUUGGUUAAUAGAUUUUGGUUGGCAUCUGUCUGUCUCAGGAGAAAAUGGAGAAGUGCAUCAUUGAUAUUAAAGCACAUUUAUGUACCACUCUGCAAAGUGUUUAUAAUAUCUGGGAAUGUAUGUUUUGUAUAUGUGCGCGCACACAAACAAACAUGGGGCCAGUUUUCUUGCAGCUGCCAUGGUCUGAAACAAGUAGUGUACUGGUGCAUGCUGCUCAGUCAAGCCCACUUGGCUGUUCAGUUUUGAGAGCUGGGAAGCUGGCUUAGCAUUACAUACAAACUAGCGUUCAUGGUUUGUUCCUCUCAAGCAAACCAUGAGUGGAGAAUCCAGGGUCUAGAAGACAACUUUAAACCAUGUUUUUACAUUCUGACUUCCUUGGAAGCUAUUAACCAGUUUCCCAGUUCAGUAUAAGCUAUGGUUGACUUCUCCCACACUCAUUCAAAGUGCACAAAGGUUGUGCACACAUUUGCUUAUUAAGUCAAGGUUUGAUCAAAUUCAAACACGGUCUCUCCUUACCUAAUAGCUACCACCAGCCAAAUCCUACCAUGGCUUGGCGAGGGUAUAGAAGAGAGAGGUUGAGGUGGAGCUGGACACAGGUUCGUUGAUGGAAGCUAGUGGCCAAGGCAUAGAGAAAGUUACUGUAGAUUGGACUCAGGUUAAGAGGCAACUAGUCUGGAUAUGAACCUUCUUUGUGUUGGUGUAAUAAGAAUGUAUCAGAUGGAUGGCUAUCUCAGAUUUCUGUACAGUACUACAUUUGCCAAAUCUUAUUCAUCUUAAAAGAUCUAUUUGUGUUCCCAUGGCUGAAUCACUUUGGUUCAUAGUCAUCUUGUGACCAAGACCCAAGUACCAUGUUUCUCAUCUGUGGUUUCCAGCUGAUGAAUCCUCAGCAGACAGGAAAAGUAAUCAUUACCAGCUUCCAAAUGCACGUUGGCAUCGCUUAUGGGGCAUUAUCCAGCAACAGUUAAGUAUUCCUAAAACCUAUACAUUAUAGUGGAAUAGUUGACCUCCUUAAUUUUAGGUGGAGUGUACUUGGAAGUUUCCAUCUUAGCUUCAUUGCUGCACCCUAUACACAUAACAGUUGGCAAUGCUCACAACCUUCUGGUGCACUAACUGGUACCUGUUGGUUUCUGGAAUUCUUGCAAAGAAUGCUAGAUAGCUAGAUCUAGGGUCAUCCUGUGUGCUUAAGCAAGACUCUACUCCUUCUCAUCGAACAUGAUUCAUUACGCCUUAGCUAAUAAGAGAUCCCGAGCAUGCUGCCUUGAUUUGUAAAUUUAGAAUGCAUUAGUGGACAGUGUGGAGUCUAGUGCAGGGGAAAAAACAAAUCACACAUUACUGAAAUCCGCUCACCCCUAUUGUAAAACUUCAGCCACUAAUCCUCCAUAUUUCUGAAAAAUACUGACUAUAAUAGAUCCUAAAACUUGUGCUUGGUAGAGUAUUUGUUAAGUCAUUUAUGUGGGUUAUGAUUUCUAAAAAAGAGAUUUUCCUAUCACAAUAGUCGCUCCCUCAAAUAGUGUGUUCAGCUGCUGAGUGCUGGCAAAAUGGAGCCAACAGAGGGACGCUGAGAAACAAAAGGAAAGUAUUAGGGGGACCGGAAAGUAUCAAGAAAUAACAACAAACAAAGCAAAAUUUUGAAACAGCAGAGUAUGGGGCAACCCUUACCAUAAGCCCUAUAAGCAGAUACUAUGUCUCAGAUUUUGUUAUAUUUUGCCUUUUGUAUUGAUAACUUGAUUUUUAUGUACAGCACUCAGGAUUCACACUUUGGCUGAACAUGCACUUCAUAAAUUUUCUAAAUAAAUAAAAUGAAAAUUAAAAACUGGGAAAGGGCUGCCUGCAAGAAGAGGUUGUGGCUGCCUGCAUCCCUUAACAGGUGGGAGGUGAGAAUACAUUGCAUGUUACAUUGCAGAGGCACUACUCCUCCCCAUAUACCUCUGCAGUGUAACAUGCAAUGUAUUCUAACCUCCCACCUGGACCUCAAUGAGGGUUUGAGAUCUUUCAGCUGCCCUCACCUGGUUUAGCUGGCCAGUCAAACCUGGUGUGGCCGCUGUCGCAUGCUGACAGCUUCCAGGAGCCAGAGGUGAGAGCCGAGUGCAGGGUGAGGAACAAAGGUGGUGCUCCUUCUGGGGUGGUUUGUCCAGGACCUCCAUACACACUGUCUAGGCUUGUGCCCCAAGUAGGUCACUUAAGUGCUGCUAACGCAGCGGUUUGACUUCACCUGCAGAGGAGCACUCCAUUGUCUCUGAGACAGACGGAUGGCAGCAAUACAUUGCAGCACUUUGUUGCAAGUUCCACUUGUUCCCUCUAAUGGCCAACUAAAACAGUUCAUUACCCCCCCCCCAAAAAAAUCAGGUAGUGUUUUCUUUAACAUACUCCUUAGAAUUGUAAUGGGGUGUCUCUAAGUACCAUGGUGCCCUCAGAUAUGUCCCUUGGCCAAGACCUACUGCCCCUCCCCAUUCUUAUAAAAUGAGUUUUCCUGGUUUCUUUUACCAUGGGUGCUGCUGAGCUGGCUGGAAAAGAAAGUGCAGGCACUCAUCCACAUCCAUCCUCUUAACUUCUUUUCUUCCAGAAUGCCCCAUGUUGGGGUGCCUCGCUUCCAUUUUUGUUUGUUUUGUGGCAGUUGUUGGCGUUAUUAUCUUCUUCUUCUUCUUUCCUUUUUUGUGGGUUUGCCUACUUUAUCUUUUGCAUUUCAGCUGCUUUUUCUUUUGUUUGUUUGGAAGACACUUUGCCUGGUUUUUUGUGGUGGAGGGUGGCUCACUUGCCCUUUUUUGACAGUAUUUUGUGUGUUCUUGGAGUGUAGAUGUGUUGCCUGUUUUGGGGGUCUGAGUUUCACCCAGUUGUUUCCUGUUAAAUGGGUAUCUUGUGGUGCCCAUUGCAGUUUCUUAGAUUCCCAUACAUACUCCCAGGUGCAAAAUUGACAUAGGAGUUCAUAGAUGCAUGUAAAUUGAGAGAGAAAUAUACUUGUUUCUCUACUGCCAAAUCAUAAAAUGACCGUGGUGGUGUUCAAUAGAAGCAUUAAAACAUUACAAAAUCCAGAACAAAUGAUUAAGACUGGAUCAAAUUAAUUAUCUGAAAAUACUUGUUGAAACAGAAACCUUUUCAGCAGGCAACAAAAUGUCAAAAUUCUUUCUUAAUUCAUUAGAAGCAGUGUUUCAAAGUACGAGUGCCACUAUGCUAAAAGCAGGCAUCCCCAACCUUCAGCCCUUCAGAUGUUUUGAACUACGAUUCUCAUCAUCCCUGACCACUGGUCCUGUUAGCUAGGGAGCAUGGGAGUUGUAGGCCAAAACAUCUGGAGGGCUGCAGGUUGGGGAUGCCUGGCUCAAAGCCUUAGUUUGCAUAGAAACCAAACAAUUAUGUGAUAACUGUGGAGCAGUUAGGAGGGUUUCUCUGGGUGAUCAGUGAUCUGGCCAGUGUAUAAGGAACAAAGUGGUUCUUCAGGUAACCUGGUCCUAGGUCAUUUAAAACCUAACAGUAAUAUCUUGAACUUAGCUCAGCAAUUUAUUGGCAGCCAGUGCAAUGCAAUAUGUCUCUAUUUCCCAGUUCUCAGAUCAUCUCUCAUAACAGCCUCAGAUGUAAAGAACUCAGUCUCUCCAUAUAUUUUCUUCUCAGAGGCACACUCAAUUGGCAUUUAUUGGUGCAUGUAAAACAAGAUCAAAGUACGUUGGUGUUUUGCCUACUUCUCUUCAGUUUUCCCUUUGUACUAGUAGUGAUGAAUAUCUCUUCUCAGUGCAGGUAAUAAUUUUUAUCAUGAAGUAUUUGAAUCCUAAACUGAUUAAUCUGGCAUUUAUUUUGCCCAGAGAGCCAGCUGCCAUUUUCAAAGUUAUCCAAUUAGUCUUGGCACCUUCUACAUGUGAUGAACCCAUGCUGCAGUACAGUCUGUUUGUAAUUUCCUGCCACAUCAUUAAUUAAUCUUUUCUCUGAUAUCCAUUCCACGGCCUUGCAUACUACCAAAGUUAGCUCAAUUGGCCUCUGAUCAUUUGAAUUGAUUCUAUUUCUGUUUUUGGAUGAGAUUAAAGGUACAACGUUAGAUAUUUUCUAUUUUGUAAGGUACCGUUGCUGACUUCUCUGAGAACCUGACUUUAUGGGCAGGGUCAUAAUAAAAUGUUUCAUUCUUUGGUUCCUCCCUCAUAAGAUGGGCUUUGCCAAGCAGGAAACAGGAUAUGGCCAAUUUCCUUCGGUGUCAAAAGCACAAAUAACAUUUCUUACCCCUGCCUCUGCUGCAUGGUCUCAGUAAAUCCAAUCUAGGUUAUGGCCGUGGUUUCAACAUUUAAGAACAGCCCUGCUCAACAAAUUUAAUCUACUCUAGCAUCUGUUUCCAACAGUGGCCGUCCAGAUGCCCCCAGACAAUAGUAGCAUCAUAGAGGAUCAUAUAGUAGCAUCAUAGAGGAUCAAGCGCACAGAGCCAAGGGGUGUUGGCACCUUCCUGCACAGUCAACCUUGCUCUUAGCCAUUAUUGGAUGGCUGUGCUUUGGAAGGACCCCUGCUGUACAGUUGAGUGGUGCAAAAGUCUUGUCCAAGGGGAGAAAAGCUUGCUUGAAUGAGGUAAGAAAGGUAAGGGUAAGGGUGCUCUUCGUGGUCCAUCCCAUUGGUUUCUAGCAAAACAGUAGUUCAGGAAGCUGCCACAAAAGGUUCAGUGGACUGGGCCUCUCCUGACUCAUUCUCAUUCAAGCAUUGGGUAGGAUACUAAUAGUUUCUUGCGGGAAAUUCUAAAAGCACGCCAUAAUGGUCUUCAGCACAUAGUCGUAACUGCACAAUCCUAUGUCGGCUGUAGCAAAGGCAACCCAUCUUAGCUCAAGGGAAGCUGGAUAAAGCUACAUGACUUGCUCCUUCACAAUGUGCUCCUCAAACUGUUGCAACAUAGGAUUCUGUUUAGGACUAUUUUGUUUAAGUGUUCAGUUUUUAUGAGCCUCGUUUUUUUAAAGGUAAAAAAAAAGGUGAGCAUAAUUUCUAUACCUUCAGUUUUAAAUGCUUAAAUGAUUUCCAGAUCUUAUAUUUUACUCCAAGAAGACCCAUUUAUUGCUGCAGAAGCAAUCACUCAGAUCACUUUUAAAAUAAAAGACUGUUAAGUAUUUUGCAGUCUCUAAGUGUAUCUAAUGUCCCUGCCAGUUUUAAUAGUGGCAUGGUGACUUCUUGUUUUUGAAUUUCUUCGCAAUACACUAUUUAAAAUCUGCACUCAGGAAGUUUAUUCCAUGUCUAAAAACAUAAUGUGAUCAGGGUUAAUAGAUGUGUAUAAUAUGCUGAGAAUCUGAGAGCAGGUCUAGUAUACAUGUGUGUAAAUCUUUUCUUGUUUACAUAUUAAAUGUGGGAGUGUUUUGUAGGAGCAUUCGCCUGACUUUAAAUUGUAAAGAAGGAAGUUUCCCUGAAUAUAACCCAUGCCCUACAAGCAAUAAUUUCUCCAGUCAGAAGAAUACUUGGCAAGGACAGAAAGUAAAAAUAUAAACUUUUUUUUUGGGGGGGGGAGGAUUACAACAAAAAGUUAGGGCUAGUGCAAAACCUUUUAACAGAAUAAAGCAUUGACAUUAAAUCUUACUCAGUAAGGACCUCUAGUAUUUCUUCCAUUAGCAGGAAUUAUUGGUAAAAAGCUGUUUUUUUACUUCAUCAUAGCUGUCUAGGAAGAUUUAGGCGGUUAGACAACUUAAGUGGUUUUAAACAAAAGUUGUUAAGAAAUGUACUCAGAAUUUAGGGAAUUUCGUUCAUUGCACUGAAAAAAAGCUGUACUUUUGGUGAAAGGCUUAGUUUUCUAGUGUGAAAAUCAAAGGUUUGUGUCGCAGUAUUAGAUACAGCAGCUGAGGCAUAUUGCUGAUAGUUCUAAAGGUUCUCUGCAGGUCCCAUAUAUCUUAAAGAACAUACUGCUUCAGAGUGAAGAUGGUUGAUUUAUUUUUCUGGUUCCAAGCAACUGGACAUAAUCCUAUUUUUCACAACUUUCUAUUGCUGCUAUAAAUAACUUCAGCAUGCCAUGUUACUUUUCUACAGAAUAUAUGCUAUACAAAUUCUAUUUUUUGUUGUAUUAUAUGAUGUGGUUUUGACAGUGUGCAUGGAGAAAGUAGAAUUGUUUUGCGUUCCUUUUUUAACCUGCAAGAGCUUACAUGCCCUCAUCCUUUUGAUAGCUGGUUUUGUCUGUUGUUCGACUGAGAUAGCAUUUUAAUGCCACUUAAUCAGUCAGGCAAACUGAUCCUUCGGGUAGUUCUCUGGCAUAAAUAUUGAAACGAACGGAGUUUGUUAACAGAUUCCUUGACCUUGUUCGUUUCAGGUAACAUAAUUCUGAAACCCAAAUCAGUUCUGAAAGCUUAGUCAGAUAAUUCUUGUUAAUGAUCAGUAUCUCAUAAUCUAAAUUCUUUCUUGCGUACCUGAAUAAGGCUGCAGUCCUGACCUCACUUAUCUAAGAGUAAGCCCCAUUGAAUUAAAUCAGACUUAGACUGGAAUAGAUGUGGUUAGGAUUGCACUGUUAGUGUGAUGUUUCUUUAAAGCAAUCUUGUGUUGAACCGAGUACAUAUUUGUUGCCAAGGCAGUUCAUAUCAAGGUCCUUAAUUGUAAAGUUUAAUCCUGUGCAGCUGCAACUGCUUUCUGGUUGAAUGUGUUUGUAAACAUACAUGCCAUUAUUGGUAAGGUAAGGUGCUUCACCUGUGGCUUUUAGUAUCUGGGAACUGGUUUGUGUGAAUUUCUUUACAUCAACCCACCAGUGCAUUACCUCUUCUCCUAUUGUAGUGAAUGAAUGUUGUGCCCUCUGUUGUAAGAGAAUAAGGCUGCAUACACAAUAUUUCCUUGAAGCACUUUUCUCUCUCUCUCUCUCUCUCUCUCUCUCUCCCCCGAAUUCUGGACUCUGUAGUUUGCUAGGAGUUGUUGGGAAUUUGUAGCUGUGAGGAGUAAGCUAUAAUACCUAGAAUUAUUUGAGGGAAAGAAUGUGCUUCAAAUGUUCUUUAGAGAUAUAUGCGGUGUGCUUGCAGCCUCAAAAACAGUUGACUGCAUUUCUGUCACUUUGUCUAAGCUUGCAGCCUUGAAUCGGAAGAAGUUAAUAUUAAAAUUAAUUGUGCUAUCAUUAUGCAACUACAUAUGUAAAGCCGUUCAGCUGAAUAUGCUACAAAAAUAGUUUGAUGCGUGCCAGGAGCCUCAGCCAGCAAUCUUCUUCUGUUUGUUCUUUAAUGGCCUAUUGUCUUGGGUAUUAACAGUCUUACGACUGGAGUGUACAGUUCUGUGCUCAGCCUUUUACCACUGUUCCUAGUUAUUGCAAGACACCACAGACUUGCUGGAGGAACUGCAGUCCAGAAAUGCCAUUCUGGCCACCACAGAUAUAUGUAGAAGUCCCAAACACACAUUUUCCACGCAAAGUUGGGCUAUAAACCAUCAGAAACACUAAGCAGUGGCGUAUCUAGCUACUGAGCUUAAUUGCUUUGUUUCACAGUUGCAGGUAGUCUGCAUCUUCAAGUUAGUGGUCUUGCUUCAGUGUUGUCCCAUGGUAUACUUAUUGCUGAAUUAGAACAGUCUUUCCUUAGUUCCUGACCUCAGUUGCCUCUCUGAUACCUGAAUUGCAUCAGUGAUGACAUCAUAAUCUAGUUCCAUAAGCACACAAACACAAUCUUAUACCAUAUUGAUGGCUACACAUACCUAUAUGCUUCCAGCUGCCAUCCAUAGCACACAGCACAAUUCAUUGUCUGUAACUACCCCCUAGGACGGGAGCCACAAACUCAUUAGGGCCUGUGGGACAUUUGAUAAUCUUAAACUGUUAAUGGGCACUAACAGAGUACCGAGUUUGCACAGAAGAAAGCUGCUGGUGCUCAGAAGGCCACCCCCUCAAAAAUAGCCAUCUCCCAAAACAAAUAAAAGACAAGAAGCAAGCGCACACACAAAAAAACCCCAACCACACAACCCCCAAAAAGCAACAAUGACAACCCACAAACCUUUAAAAUUUUAAAAAAAUAAUAAUGGAAGGGGGCCUUGCCAGGGGCCGGGGGGUGGGGUGGAAGAUGCCAUAAUGGCCUAAGAUACAGCUGCACUCGCUCCAGUCCUUCAGGCAGAGACUGGCAGGAUUUACAUCAAGUAUUAUUGAAACUACAGUACUGGCUUGAGCUACAGUAUAGCAGCACCCACACACCCCAGCCACACUAAAGGGGGUUGGAUUGGGCAGAAGCAUCUGGUGUCACUCUGCCAGCACAGAACUUCCUGUUCUGCCUGCUGACUAGGUGAACGGAAAUGGCACUAUAGCAGGAUCCUUGCCAGCAGCAAUCUGCAGAGAAUUGCAAACUUGGGCUUCCAGGGAGGGGCUGAGGCAGCCUGGGAUCUGCUGGCUCCCAAGCUGCUCCAUCUUGCAGUCACUAGAUGGCAACAUGCGCAAUCCAGACUGGAACACCAAUUUGCCUGCCUUCUCCCCAGGCCAGCAUCAGUGCACCAUAGUUUCCAGGCAGGUUUGGAGUAUGGUGUUGGUUUCCUCCAUUGGUUAUUGAGUAUUAACAUUUCAUAUGGAACAGAUGCCCUUGGGAGGUGGUUGACUCUCCUUCCUUGGAGGUUUUUAAGCAGAGAUUGGAUGGCUAUCUUUCAUGGAUGCUUUAGUUGAGAUUCCUGCAUUGCAGGGGGUUGGACUAGAUGACCCACAGGGUCCCUUCCAACUCUAUGGUUUUAUGAAGUGUGUGAUUUGUGUCUGUGUGCGGGUGGCGCUGUGGGUUAAACUUGCUGAUCAGAAGGUCGGCGGUUCGAAUCCCCGCGACAGGGUGAGCUCCCGUUGCUCGGUCCCUGCUCCUGCCAACCUAGCAGUUCGAAAGCACGUCAAAGUGCAAGUAGAUAAAUAGGUACCACUCCGGCAGGAAGGUAAACGGCAUUUCUGUGUGCUGCUCUGGUUCUCCAGAAGCAGCUUAGUCAUGCUGGCCACAUGACCCGGAAGCCAAUAAAUCUCGGCCAAUAAAGCGAGAUGAGCGCCGCAACCCCAGAGUCAGUCACGACCUAAUGGUCAGGGGUCCCUUUACCUGUGCAUUUAUCCUUUUGCCCAGACGCAGUCUGGUUUCGUCUGUCAGAGUUUUCCUUUGUCCAUACUACUGGUAGUCUUCACCCUCUUCAAGAUAUACUUGUGAGUUGCUUGGUGUCCUCAUAUUCUGUUUGAUACAUAGGCAGUGAUGUAACAGCUGUUUCUCAGUACAUACAUUACAUGAUGUGUCACAAUGCAAGAGGUGGCUUUUCUUUCAUUUCCUCAUUCCAUGCAGCUAUUUCUCUUUUUAAAAUUCUGUUUACUUAAAAACUUGGCCAGGCUGCAGACUAGCAGUUGUUACUGGUGUGGCAUAGGUACAGAGAGCAUAAUCCUACAGAUCUAUAGGCAGAAAUCAGUAGAAAUUAUAUUAAAGCUCACUUGUUUUGUAUGACUGCAUCAUACAGUCUUUCCUUCCACUGCCAAAAAUAGCUUACAAUCUCUUUACUACAUGUAGUUCCAAGUAUUGUGAUGUAAAUAAUAUGGGGACGGACAGAGGCAGGAAGGGUAACUGAAUUGUAAUGGGAAAACAGCCAGUGCUUUUCUAUUUGUAUUAAUUAUAUAACUGAGUUUUAAAAGAUGCCAUGUUCAUGCCGCGUUUCAUUAAGAUCGUUCAUAGUAGGUUACUGCCGUAUGUGUUCUCAAAUUGUCAAUCUUUUACUCAGCUAGAAACAAAUUCAGGCUUCUUCCUGGAUAGCAGACAAAUAGCUUUCCAGGUCAAUGAAGCAUUAGUUCAUCUGUGUUGUGUUUGAGCUUAGGAUGCAAUUAGGUGAAAUUACAAUGGCUUGUAAUAUCAGAUUUCUGUUGGACUAUGACUAACGUUGGAUAUCACUGUGCGUGCCUUUGCUUGUUAAAAACUUGCAGAAGCUUACUGGAGCAGACUAGAUGUGCAACUAGAUGUGUUUGCAAUCUAUGUAUUAGCUACAAGCACACUAAUACCUUGUGUACCAAGGGAUUUUUGGCAGGAAAUUGAAAAUUAAGAUUUGGUCACUCCAGUGGGUUUCUCAAAGUUUACAGCAACUGUACCAAAAGUUCUAAUAAAUGUUGACUAGGAACAUAAGAAAAGCCCCCCAAUGCACAAACCAAAGACAGUAGAGGUAAAAUAUAGUCACCAUUGCUAAGUAGCCAUUUAUAGCUUUAUGAUCCAUGAAUUUUAAGCCCUUUAAGCUUGUGGGAUCACUUUAGCCCAUAUACGUCAUACCCAACCACUUCAGUCUGCAGAACUGGCAACUGUAACAGGUGCCAUGUAAUAUUUCCACAGUUGUAAGAAAUCCAUAUUUUAGCGUGGCAGGGCCUGCCCUGUAGAACUCCCUGUCUAUUGACAUCUGGGAGGCAACUCUGUUGUACUACUGUCUAUGCCUUCUUAAAACAUUUUUUUAUUUAGUCAAUCCUAUUGAGACCUGUAGGUGUUGAUGUGCUUUCAUCUAUUUUACUGUUACUUUUAAUUAUCUUUAUUUUUUAUUGAUAUUUUUAAUUUUUCUUGUAAAUCACUUACAGCUUGGCAGUAUAUGCAUUUUGUUAAGUAAAACGCAUUUUGUCUAAUCCUCUUUUAGAAGUCAUCCUGUUUGGUGAUCAUCACUGUGUAUUGGGAGAGCGAAUUCCAUAACUAUGCACUGUGCAAAGUGAUAAUUCCUAGUACAAAUGAAUGAAAUCAGGGUCCUUAGUAACUUGGAGUAGAUCUACUCUAAGAAGCAAUUAUUAACGUCACUAUGCAAGGCAACAGAAGUCAGUCGUGUUAAAAGGAAAGCUCUCUGUGCUCUUAACUCUGUGUGGACUGUGGCACCAACCACUGUGGGGUUUAUCUGAUUCUAAAAAAUUAUUUCCCCACAUGCAAACCCCAUCUUGAAAUCAUUGCAAACCCCAUCUUGAAAUCUGACAGCUGCCCUGUGUGCUUCAUUUGAGUAUAAUGGCAUUUGCUGCUGGGAUUUCUUCAUUCCCAGUUUGGACAGGGAUAGAGUCAGGGUGAAUGGGUGCCAUAAAAACUAAGGUGUGAAAAGCAUGGCUGCAUAACUAUUCAAUCUAGGUGUUAUUUCAGAUUCUUUCUUCAACUUAUUUUCCCUUACAACCUGCCCUGAACCUCUUGGAAUGUGGGUGGGGGGUGGGAGCGGGGAGGGGGAGGGGGAGGGGGAGGAAGAGUUCUUGUGUGAUACUUCCUGCUCGCUCUUUUAGUCCACAGCUGGAUAAAUGCUCUUGGCAGAGUGUUGUAUGUGUGUUUGGCUGUGUAUUCCUGCUUAACUAAAUCAGGGGUCAGCAAACUUUUUCAGCAGGGGGCCGGUCCACUGUCCCUCAGACCUUGGGGGGGGCAGACUAUAUUUUUUUGGAUGGGGAAUGAACGAAUUCCUAUGCCCCACAAAUAACCCAGAGAUGCAUUUAAAUAAAAGGACACAUUCUACUCAUGUAAAAACACGCUGAUUCCCAGACCAUCCAUGGGCCAGAUUUAGAAGAUGAUUGGGCCGGAUCCGGCCCCCAGGCCUUAGUUUGCCUACACAUGAACUAAAUCAUCCUGGGGAAUACUACAGGCUUUUACUAAACCAGAAUUGGGAAUACAUCCAGAACUGUCAAUAUCUUCUUGCUACUUACUUAAGAAGCAUUUUUCCCGAUUUGGUAAGAAAACAAGUGUUUCAACCACAAUUUUAAACAGUGUCUACUUCAUAUAGGUACCGUUUUGGUGGCUGUCGUCUUUGUUAUAAUGUGUUAGAUUUACCUGAUCAUCAGCAAAAAGCAACCACGUUUACAAACGUUGUUUGCCUUGUGUCUACAGUCCAAUCUUAAAAGAACCAAAUUCCUUGGAUUUUUGCAGAUUGCCUUCAUGACGCUGACCCUGUUCCCCAUCCGGCUGUUUUUUGCUGCUUUCAUGAUGUUGCUGGCCUGGCCUUUUGCAUUCGUCGCAUCCAUUGGACCUGCUGACAGAGAAAUAGAAAAACCCCUCUCCUGGUGGCGAAAGUAAGUCACUGAGCCCAUUUGGGUUUGCUAACAUCUACUUGGAGUAUACGGUAAUUCAAGAAGUGAAAUUGGCACGGGUUACUAAUUUGAUAUAUUUCUCCUCAUAGUGGUGAAACUGACAUAUUGCACAAUAAAAACAUCGUUUCCCCCUAACGAUGAAUCACUUGUAUAUUUAACCCCCAGUGGCAGCUGUCUGUACUGAAAAGCAUCUUCAAGAGAGGCUGGCAUUAAGCAGAGAAGUAAGCUGGUGGGGGAGGAGGCCGCAUUAACCUUUUUGCAACCUUUUCCUUCUCUGCUGCCUAGCCUUCCUCUGGAGGUUCUGGACAAGCAUUUUUAAGACGAAGCACAUUUCUGGAACCUCGCAAGGAGAAAUGGGUAGGUGAGGUUUUGCAGGAGGGAAAAGGGUUAAUCAUUCAUGCCUCUCUCACACAGCUUCUGUGCUGAGGCUCGCCCCCCCCCCCCCGAAGCUGGUUUUCACUACAGAGAGCAGCUAUCAGGAUUUAAAUAGGUGCAAUGUGAAUGUGAACACUUCAUUUCUCCUGGCUGAUGUGCGUUAAGUUCAGUGUCUGUCCUGAUUCUUUUUCACUGCGUCCCCAUUCGCAUAAACUGCUUAACUGCUUUAUUUGGUACCCGAAGAUGAGUUGCCGGAAGUGUUUACAAGAUCUUGAGGGUGCUUCUUCUUCUGGAAGAUUUUCCAUUAUCUCUACGUGCUGUGCUGUGCAAUGUUAAUCCCAGGAUUAACGGAGGGUACAUCUGAUUGGUUAAAAACACAAGAGAGUUGCUGAGCAAUGCUGUCUUUCUGAAUAGUCAUGAGAAACAACAAUAUCGAAAACCGUGCCCUGUUAUCUCCAUGGGAUGGUUUGUCAGCUUAGAAAAGUACCGUAUUUUUUGCUCUAUAAGACUCACUUUUUCCCUCCUAAAAAGUAAGGGGAAAUGUGUGUGCGUCUUAUGGAGCGAAUGCAGGCUGCACAGCUAUCACAGAAGCCAGAACAGCAAGAGGGAUUGCUGCUUUCACUGUGCAGCGAUCCCUCUUGCUGUUCUGGCUUCUGAGAUUCAGAAUAUUUUUUUUCUUGUUUUCCUCCUCCAAAAACUAGGUGCGUCUUGUGGUCUGCUGCGUCUUAUAGAGCGAAAAAUACGGUACCUGAAAGGGGAAGGGAACUGGUUAAAUGUCUUGUCCUGACAGGUGCCUGUAGUGGUAUUCCCUGGAGAGAUAACCACACAGCGUUUGUAAAUACUUCUUCAGCUGUGGCCAAAGAAGUUGCAAGCAUUUCCACAGCAUGUUGUUCCCUUUUCUCUUAACCCAAGCCAUGCUUUGUGGGGCAGGAAAGCUUAAAGGCACUGCAGCUUCAAGUUGCAAAUAAAUGUAGCAAGGAGGUUAUAUAACAGCUCACAGAAUACUAAAAUUUAUAUCUUUAGGCACCAGGCGAAAACAUUUCUCUUUAACCAGAACUUUGGCUGAUUAACAUUCUAUGUCCUUUUAAAUGGAAGGGGGUUAUUGGUUUCUUUUUGUUUUUAUUAUGCAUCCUUUGUUCUCUUUUUUGUGAACUGCCCCAUGAUCUUCAGAUGAAAGGUGGUAUACAAAUUUAAUAAACAACAACAAAUUUCCUCUGCCUGAAUUGUUGGGAGUGUACAUCCAAAGUUAGUUCAUUUCAGAUUGUGCCCAUUAAAAUUAAUGGACAUAAUUAACUUAGGACCAUUGAUUUCAGUGGGCCUAACAUAACUUGGACAAAAUUAUUUUGACUUUAUAGAAAACCAAUAUUGUCUUUAUGGUUGGAGUGCGUACCCAUCUUAGGAUAUUAUCAUAAUUGGAGAUGAAAGCUUAAUAAUUAUAAACUAUCCUACAGCUAGCUGGGGGAGAAUGAGCAGAGAAAAAUAGUCACCCAUGACCAUUGGCAUGAGUGUCUAUUAAAUGAGAGUGCACUCUGUGGAUAUAUUUGUUUUGGGUUGUUGUUUUUGCCUGCUUUGGCCCACCCUCUGUGAUGUCCGCUGAUGAUGAUAGACAGGUGACAGGCGGCCUUUCUAAAGAGACAGUUUGUACCUGUUCUGCAGUGAUGCUCCCUUCGACCUUUUGGCGUAAGAUGAAGUAAAAUCUGCCAUGGGGUUGCUGACGGGACUGGUUAAGCUGGAACCUAUUUACCGUAUUUUUUGCUCUAUAAGACUCACUUUUUCCCUCCUAAAAAGUAAGGGGAAAUGUGUGUGCAUCUUAUGGAGCGAAUGCAGGCUGCGCAGCUAUCCCAGAAGCCAGAACAGCAAGCGGAAUUGCUGCUUUCACUGCGCAGCGAUCCCUCUUGCUGUUCUGGCUUCUGGGAUUCAGAAUAUUUUUUCCCCUGUUUUCCUCCUCCAAAAACUAGGUGCGUCUUGUGGUCUGCUGCGUCUUAUAGAGCGAAAAAUACGGUAACUACAUUUGAACUCCCUGACGUAACAAAACCAUGUUAAAACACAAUCAGAAAACGAGGAAGCAAAGUGCUUUUAAAAAGAAACUCUUAUUUCCCGGUUUCCUUGGAAAUAGCUUAUGUAGUUAAUCGUGUUCAAAAGGAUUAACACUUCUGCAUUUGUGCUGUCUAAUUAUUUUCAGGUUUGUGGAUGUCAUGCUGAAGGCCAUCAUGAGGACCAUGUGGCUUGCUGGGGGAUUCCACUGGAUAAAUGUGAAGGGCAGGCAGGCCUUGCCCACUGAAGCAGCAAUAUUGACUCUGGCUCCACAUUCCUCGUACUUUGAUGCUAUACCUGUAACAAUGACCAUGGCCUCCAUUGUCAUGAAAGCAGAAAGCAAAGAUAUUCCUGUUUGGGGAAGUAAGUCAAAGAAAGCUUUACUUUCAAAUAAGGGCCACGGAGAUUUAUUUCGGCAACGGAACGUAUUCUGGGAAUGUGGGAACCACUGCAGAAAAGGGCCCCUUCCUGGUUGCUGGCAGAGGAAUAUUUGCAGCUUGUGAGAAAACUGGGAGGGCCUCUGGUAAUGACCUCAGGGGCCAGACAGAUCCAAAUGGGAGAAGCCGUUCCCUCGGGUAACCCACUCCUGAGUUGCUUGGAUCAAAGCUGAAACCUGGCUUGGCACCAGAUGGCGGGCAGUUCAGUUCUUUCAACAAAGGUGCUACAUGACAGCAGCUUGACACAUCGCUCAACAACCUACCCAUGGCACUCUUUGCUUGUGCCAGCUUCUAGGCCACGCAUACGAGCAGCUAAACAUAGAGUGCCUAUCAGUAUGCCCCUUCGCCACCCCACCAGGUGUUUUCGAAAUGUUUCCAUUUCUUAAUUUUAUGUUCCUUCCUUCAGUAAGCACUGCGUUCGCAUACAUUCUAUUAGUCUGUUUUAUCUUUGGCAGUCAUACAGUGAGGUGAACCAGAUUGAAAGAUAGCAACUUGCCCAGGUUAUCCAGUUGAGAAUUUUGUGCGCGCACACUUUUAAAAGUCUCAAAGCAGUUUACAAUGAAACAUGCCAAAACAUGUUAAACAAUGUGCAACUUCAGUAAAAUAACAAUUAAAAACACACACGAAAGCUCAGGUUGAUGACACUUGUCAUCAAAGUUGCUGAUGUGUCUGCAAGAAUAAAAAAAAUGUUUCUACACGGUGCCAAAAUGGUAGCAAAGUUGGUGCCAGCCAGAUCUCCUUUCUCGCACUAUGCACAAUGGCCCACUAACUCUUUCUUAAGGAGCCAGCACUUCUAUUUCGAUAUCAGAAGGAGUGUAAAGGGGGAGGAUAAACAUGAUGUAGUCCUACAUUUAUUUCAGUAGCAUCCAAGGGAGUUCAAUAGCAAAAGGUUGAACUUUCAUCACAACUCUGUGCCUACAAAGUUUUUGUUAGUUCAAAUGUAACUCCGGAGUUACAAAACAAGGAAGUGCAAAAACGAACCACAGAUUUCCCCCCGAUUGCGUUGUGUAUUAUGUAGCGUGAUGUGGUAUCUUAAAAGGAAGAAAGCAAAACCUCUGUGGGAGAGAGUGGGUAUGGAGUGAAAAGGUCACCCCACUCCCGUUCCUCACUAACUGUUUGCUCUUUAUUUCCCUCUCCUGCUUCAAAAAAAUAAAAAAUAAAAAUCAGGGCACACGUGCAUAUAAUUAGUUCCUUGAUUUUUUUACAUUUGUGUUUUGAAAACAUGGAUAAGUUGAGGGGGGAAAGAAAAUGAUUUUUUGGUCACUUUGCCUGGUUGUAGUGCUUUUCAUCUUGUAGCUAUUGCAUUUAUGAAUAUGUAUGAUUUUUAUCUGGCUGUGUGUAAAUGGGUGUAUUUAACCUGCUUUUGCCCAUUUAUAAAUGGAUUGCUAGACAUUCUUUACUCUGCUUGUGUUGCAGAAUAUCACUGUGGAGGGUUAUGCAUUGGGUGAACUCUGGGUCUUCCUCUCUUCUAGACCUAAAAUUCAGUGGGAUGACUUUUGUUGUUAACAUUUUGGCAUUCUAUUGCUGCUUUUCUGUACCUCUGAGGGAGUUGCAUACACAGCCCUUUAACCAUGUGUACAUGACCUACAUAAAUAUAGGAAUUUAGUCUGCUGAUCACCUGUCUUAAAUAAACUUGGAAGUUUUCUGGAGAUUCAGCUCAGUGGCAGAUUGUGGGACUUGAUUUUUUUUACCACUGUUGAUGGGGGCAGGGAGAGAGAGAGAGAAAAUAUUUAAUUCACUUGAAACUUUGGGGGGCAUGGAAUCAUUGAAAGCAGGGAGAGCACGUGCUAUGAAAUGUGACAUGUAUAAUUUCACUAGUGUUAUUUGGGAGUGGGAGACGGACCCUCCAACAGGUGGCAAAGAUCAGGCUGUCCAAAGAGAAUUUAGCGGCUUCCCUCCAGCGUUUUCCAAAGUUUGCAAUAGUUUCCAUGAAGACUAUUGCAAUGCAGUAAGGCAUUGCUGCUGCUGAGUGAUAAACGUCAACAAUAAAUUUCAGCAUACCACCAAUCUGUCUAACAUAGUAUCUAAUAAUGAGCUCUAAAUGGCUGAAACCUCAAAUCUACAACAUUCCCACCACUUUCCUUAUCUGGAGUUGGAUAUGUGAUUAAGGAUAACCUGUUUGUACCGCUAGGAGUGAUCUGACAGAGGUAGAAUUGCUCCACCCCCAACCUUUCCACCUAAAAUGCAAGGGCUUCUCUUAUGCCAACUGGUUUUUGUUAGUUGUGUGAAUCGCACAACACAAUUCAAGAUUCUGUGGUACUAUAGGAGUAUAGUCAGGUGCUCUUGUCAGAUUAUUCAUGUGGCUGGGGAAAGAGUAAUCUCACAACCAUGUAUAUUUAGAACACUCAGGUGAUGACACACAGCUUGUCAUAUGCAUUUGAGGUGAUGAGCAGCGUUCACAAUGACCCCAGGGAAAGUGAGCUAGAAAUGCAGACUUCCUAGCAGACGUCUAGCAGUGUCUCCUUUGAAAAAAUCCCUCCCAUUAUUUCAAGACUGUCAGUGGUGAUGAUAGUUAUUGUUCUUAGGAGCUUUUCCUGAAAGGAACAAAUAAUUUGAUUGGCUUUAAAUGCAGGCCAAAAUAGUUCUAGACUGGCUAUAAAAGUUAUAAAUGUGAUGUAUUGCAUUGCAUGGAUUUUAUUAUUCCUUAUCAUUAUUUCAGUAUUACCGUAUUUUUUGCUCUAUAAGACUCACUUUUUCCCUCCUAAAAAGUAAGGGGAAAUGUGCAUGCGUCUUAUGGAGCAAAUGCAGGCUGUGCAGCUAUCCCAGAAGCCAGAACAGCAAGAGGGAUUGCUGCUUUCACUGUGCAGCGAUCCCUCUUGCUGUUCUGGCUUCUGAGAUUCAGAAUAUUUUUUUUCUUGUUUUCCUCCUCCAAAAACUAGGUGCGUCUUGUGGUCUGGUGCAUCUUAUAGAGCGAAAAAUACGUAGAUAUUCUGAUUCUCUCUUUGUUUGAACUUUACACGAGUGUUAAACUCAUAUCCCAUCCCUUUUGUAAGAAAUAAACAACUGUCCUGUCUACCUUCAAACAGGAUCAAGCUAACUGAGGCAAUUUUAGAAAUAAGAAAAAGCAUGGGAGGUAGUUUUGGUUUAUGUUUUAAAGGGGCACUUUCAGUUUAAAGUAUUCAUAAAUGGGUGACUGUAUUUCUCAAUAAAUGCAGGGCUAUAUUUUAUUUUAAAAUGUUUCUUAAUGUGUUCUGCUAGUUACUCCCGCCCCCCAAUAUAGCAUAUUUUGUUAUGAAAUGUGUUUGCUCAUAAAACUAUUGAUUGUUUCUCUAUAUAGCAUGUCAUACACUUAUGCUAAUCUAAAGAAAAAUGAAGGAAUAUACUUAGGAAUACGGACAUUUCUGUUUCUUUCCAGCUCUAAUCAAAUACAUUCGACCCGUGUUUGUAUCUCGAUCAGAUCAGGAUUCCCGCAGGAAAACUGUUGAGGAGAUAAGACGGCGUGCUCAGUCAAAUGGCAAAUGGCCACAGGUACUGGUAGAACGUCUUGUGAUUUAAAGGUAUUUGUUUUCUGUAAAGGAAUAUCUAUUUCCACCUAAAGAGAUGCUAUUUCUGUUCAAAAGUAGACACACACUCCUCAGGUUUCAGUUUCUACUAUUUGUGGGGCUAACAUUCACCUGAGUUCUGUAUUCUUUCGAAUUCUUCAGGUUUUCCUCCAGCUGUUCCUCUUGAUUUAACAUUGGUACCACAUCUCGGAAAAGGUGGGGGGAAAUCCUUUGUUGGAUGAUACCAUGGUUCAUUUAAUCCGUUAUUCUGUUUCUAACAGCCAAACAUCAAUGGGUGUUCACAAAGAAGGCAUGAAGGUGAUAGCCCCCCCCAGUUGUUGCCAAGGAGGAUAAAAUCCAUGAUGUUAAGUUGUGGGUAGACAUAUCAGACGACACAGUGAUUCUUCAAACAGCUCUUGUUUAUUCACAGGCCAGAAGAGAAAUGAACUGAAGGGUUCAGUCAGCCUGCUUAUAUAGAGCUCCAGUACAACGUAACUGUAACAAUAUUCUAAAACUAUCCAAUCACUGAACGUCACUUUCGAUCCCUUAUUUGCAUAACUAUCUACAGUAUCCCCCUGCUGGCCCAGGGUGAGAACUUCAGUACAUAACACAUGACUUGCUGUUAAUUUAAUUAUGUUUGACAUGUGAAACAAUCCUGAUACAUUAAGGAAGCAAUCCUGUGGGAAGACCCCGUGCCACCUUAACUCCCUCACCGUCAGCUCAGCCAGAGAGAGGCUGCACAUAUCUUCCUCUUCCAGGCUCAGCUGUUAGCAGUACAGUUUCCUUUUCUCAGUCCUGAUCCUAGUGUCAGUCAUUCUCUUACAGAGUUGUGAAAGAUGGGGGAGGGGGUAAAGUACUUUCUCAAGACGAGUUUUGAUUAUAUAAACAUACAUCACGUUCCGCUUAAUCACCUCUCCUUUCUUUCCUCAACUAAACAAUUCCUUUAUGAAUAGUGAAUUCACCUCUUGGCAAUUUGCUUACCCCUUUGAAGCGUUUUCAAAUUGUGUGACAGCACUUUUGAGAAGAAACAAUCACAUAAUACCGAAAUGUCACCGCAGCAUAAAUUUGAGUAAUGGUAUUUUAACGUUGAGUUCUGUUCCUAAGAAUUUCCAGUGCUGAGUUCGUUGCCGCUUCGGAAUCUCUUAAGCUGUGUAUAGAUAAGUUUUCCUCCUGCCAUAGAGGAAAUCAUCUUAAUCUUCACCUCUUCUUUGUUUGUGGGCGCCAUGCUGGUGAAGCAAUAACACCCCAUGGUACCCCCUUCUACCCUUUGCUGCUAUGUGUGAGAAACUUUAGUGCCUUGAUUUUGAAAGAACAGGGUUUCCUACUGCUAAUAUUGUUCAACUUUUAUUGAGUACUGAUGGUAAGUACAGUAAGAACAUAGAACUUUAAAGUAAUGUAAAGCUGGGGAAAAGCUGAAUCUGGCAAUUUCGAUGUGGAUUAGUUCCCCUUCUUUGAAUAUAUGAGCAGGGAGGUAUCUUCCAGCUUCUCUUUCUUCAUUAAGGUUCAGGUAUUUAAAUACCACCUGAUAUUUAGUGAAGUAUCGUUGGAAUUUGGUUAUACAGUACUGCUUUGCUGUUUUUAUUUUAUUCCACAACCCUGUUACUUUCUUUUUCUCUUUUGCUUACUUGUUUUCCCCCCUGUAUCUACACGUUUUCAUUUGCAACAGUAAAAUUCAAUAAAAAGUGUUUUAGAAAAAGAAAACAAGUGGUGUAUUCCAGGCUGCAGAAGUCUUGGAGCCUACGUAAUUUUAAAGGCAAUGGAUGAAGAGGUCAUCGUUUGCUUCAUGCGUGAUUAAAGGAGAAAAGAGUUACCCUCCUUGUGAUGAACACAAGGGUGGGGGGGUGGAGGAACAUUAUAUUAUAACUUCUACCUCCCUCAUUGAGAGGGUAUCUGGCCCUCAGUGUUUGCAGUUCCAAAUGGGAGAGUGCUUCAAAGAUUCCUGGGCUGCGUUCCAUACAUUCUUUCAUAGAUCACACUCCAUUUGUAGAACACCUUAGGGAGCAACCUGAAUGCCUUCUUGAAAUCAGAUACCUGUGGUGAAUUAUUUAUUAAAUGCUAGCAGCGUUUAAAGCAAAGCGAAUUUGAAUGCUUCUAAAUUCUGAGCUUGAAAUGUACUUAAAGAUGCAGGAGAUGUACAAAAAUAACUUGUAAUAGAGGGGUUUUUUUUCUGUUUCUGUUUUAAGAUUAUGAUAUUCCCGGAAGGAACAUGCACUAAUCGAUCCUGCCUAAUUACCUUCAAGCCUGGUAGGUAUGAUGUACAUUCUUCUUUACCUAUGUAACAUCAGUGUAACUUCAGAUUUUGAAAUUCGGUGCUCAUGAUUGCCUAUGGCCACUUCAGAUGUUACAAGAGGUGUGUCCUCCCACCCUCCAAUAAGGGCAACCUUUGCCUUUUCUGAAACUUUGGUAUGCCAAGAAACCUAGGAUUGUCUGUCUGUUCGAACGUUAACUGUCGUAACUUGCAAUCCAAGUACGUGCAAAAAACCCACCCAUCUGAAGUACCUUCUUCAUACACAGGUCUGGAAAUCAAAGUGCAUCAUUGCAAACAUGUGUUGACCAUUUUCUGGAAAAUGCUGAAUGCAAAUAAAGGUGUUUCCAUCUUCAAAUCUAAUUAUUUAGUUCAGGACAAACAAACAAACAAACAAGCAAACAAGAACCUGAAAUAGGACAUUCAGUCAGUUCAUCAUUCUCUGUAUUUUGUCCAGUCUUGACACUUGCUGACUUUCAUCUAGUGUGCAUCAGGGCUCCUUCGAGAUAUUAUGUGGUCUAGAAUGUUUAAACCUAAAACCUCUCUAUAGCAAAAUAGUCUCUCUUUUUUUGAGGAUUACUGCCAUUAGCUCAGUUCUCUUACUGUUUCCUAUGGAAUUCAAAAAAUGUUUCCAAGUAAGUUCAGAAAGACUUCCUUGCAGAAAAAGAAGGUGGAACUCUCAUGGUUUUGCACCCUGAUUUGGUAGGUGAAGGGGCAUCGGAACGAGUUGUUUUUGUAUUUCUAAUGUAAUAGUCAGAGACAUCAUUGGAUUGUUCCUUCCAUGCUUCAGUGGUCUUUAUUUCAUAGAAUUGUAGAACUAGUAAAUGGAAAUUAUUCUCUUUGCCAAAUACAGAGGGUAGGGGUGUUUUGCUUGUACCACAAAUUGCAGGAGAUAAGGUUAUCUUACCAUAUUUUGCAUUCUCUAAAGUUUAGUCAACAUAUUGGAUAAUGAGAGAUUUAUGGUAAUACUUUGUGCCCUUUUCAUUCCUGAUUUGAUGCCAGGACUUUUCCUCAGAUAUGUAUUGGUAUGGCUCUUGUGUUGUGCAGCACUUUGCAAUCUUUUCCCUAGGAUCUGUGUAUUUGCAUGACCUCUGGUUUUCUAAUCAGAUGGGUAUCAUUCUGUUCUGUAUCUGAAUAAUUUCAUGUUGAUGGCACAUGUACAAAUCCAUGCAUACAGCUGUGCAACAGAAUAAUGAGUAAAAGAAUCCAUGAGUGAAGAUUUGAAUCACGUGGAGAAUACUACCUUCAGUCUGAGUCCAAACAUAUAUUUUCCUAAUAGCAUUUAAGCAUGUACUACUAAUAUUCAGUAGUAUUGGAGCUUGGCUGUUUGUAGAAUGGAGCUUCUAGUGCUAAUCUGUCAGAGUCUUCUAGAAAAGAUUGCUUCAGAUUGUGUAAAUGUCUAGUUCAGUUUUCCGUGACCAGGUGUGUAUGUUUGAUAGGAGAUCUUCAUUUCAGAGAUCUUCCCUAGAAAAUACAGUGGUACCUUGGGUUAAGAACUUGAUUCGUUCCGGAGGUCCGUUCUUAACCUGAAACUGUUCUUAACCUGAAGCACCACUUUAGCUAAUGGGGCCUCCCGCUGCCGCCGCACUGCCGGAGUACAAUUUCUGUUCUCAUCCUGAAGCAAAGUUCUUAACCCAAGGUACUAUUUCUGGGUUAGCGGAGUCUGUAACCUGAAGCAUCUGUAACCUGAAGCGUUUGUAACCCCUAGGUACCACUAUACAAGUUUGUGUCACCUUCCCUGAUGUCAAAAUAGAGAGAGCAAUGAUUUUUUUUAAAAAAUACCAACACCUUACGGGGCUCCCUUAGUGAAAGAAGCCUUGACCUGGGUUUCUGGUUCAACAGGUUCCUCUAGUCCAUGAGUAAACAAUAGUUACAAUCAUCAGUACCUGUGGGAGAUAGGGGUGGAAUGAGAGGUUGCUGCUCAGGGCUUCAAACAAAAAUCCCAAAGGCCUCUUUCCCUGGAGCCUUGGCAGAGUGCAUCAUCAUACUUAGAGAGAUUCAUAUGCCGGGCUGCAAAAUCUAGAAAGCACAAUUGUUCAACCUUUUCGGAAAGGGAGACAUCUAAAUUUGUAAAUGUUGGUGAAAAUAGCCACAGACUGACCAUAGAGUUGGGAAAGAACUGGGUGUCCAGAAAAGAUUUUGAUUUAUUGCCAUCUUCGGUAGUGGAUGAAAGUGCAAACAAACAAGACCAGAAGUGUUGAAUGUUUCAGUUAUCAUUCCUUUCUUGUUCCUAGUUAGAGAUUUGAGUUGAUUCUAGAGUCUUCAUCCACUCCAGAGGAGUGGAAGAAUUAGCAUUAACAAUGUAGAUUCUUUUCACACACCUUAUUAUUGGUUGCUGUUCGUUGGCUUAUAAUAUGAGAGAGAGGUUACAAGGCAGAUUUUCCUGUUUAAAAAGAAAAUGUUUGUCUUCAUCAGGGAAGGCAGUCAAACCUUGUGGUGGAACAUUUUUUCCAUUUCUGUCAAAUUCCUGGAAAUAUAUAUAUAUAUAAGUUGCGUAGGAUUUGACAGCCCUGAGAUCUUUCCAAUUAGGUACUUCUGAAAAAUUGCUGGCUAUUAGUUGUUUUGACUAACUAUCCAUUCUUCCUGUGUCAUCUUACCUGGAAUGAAAUAUCCUGCUUAUCAAAGGAUUUAAAUUAAAUUGAAUGAAUCAUACUAAUGCUCCCAAUGUAAUACAAAGUUUUCCAGGAAGUAAGCUGCUGGGAAUAAGUCACAGUGGUAUACCAUAACAGUAAACCUCUGAAGAUGGCACAUUAUGUUCACUUGCAGGGAAAAGCUUGGACUAUUUAUUAUUUGGGCAGGGAAUAAUCAGAAUCUAUUUAUCUUUAGAUGCUUGGAUUACUAUGUUGCUGAGUGUUGUUGCUUAACCUUUAAAAAUAAAUUAUAGUUGCAUCUUUUUUGGCUACUUGGGAAGGUGGAACUUCAGAGCAUAUCAUCCGGAAAAGCCAGCUGUUACAUAACAGAAAUGCGCAAGCAAUACCUUCAAUGCUCACAGUGCCAUUAAUAGGUGGUAAUUAGAAUGUAUUGUAAUUAUAUGUAUCCCGUAUAUCUUGCAGGAGCAUUUAUCCCCGGAGUGCCUGUCCAACCUGUGAUUUUACGUUAUCCAAACAAACUGGUAAGCUCUGAGUAAGCUUUUAUGCCAAAUACAUAAAGGUAAAGGGACCCCUGACCGUUAGGUCCUGUUGCGGAUAACUCUGGGGUUGCGGUGCUCAUCUCACUUUAUUAGCCGAGGGAGCCAGUGUACAGCUUCUGGGUCAUGUGGCCACCAGCACGACUAAGCCACUUCUGGCAAACCAGAGCAGCGCACAGAAACACCGUUUACUUUCCCGCCGGAGCGGUACCUAUUUAUCUACUUGCACUGGUGUGCUUUCGAACUGCUAGGUUGGCAGGAGCAGGGACCGAGCAAUGGGAACGCACCCCGUCGCGGGGAUUCAAACCGCUGAUCUUCCGAUCGGCAAGCCCUAGGCUCAGUGGUUUAGACCACAGCGCCACCCGCAUCCCUAUGCCAAAUGCAUAUAGGAACCUUAAGUAGUUGUCUGAAAUAUAUUCUCAAACUUUUUUGUGAAAAGCAGAAUGGUAGUAAAUCAGGUGGGAGGUGACACGGGCUGUUUCUUAGAUAUGUACAUUUGUUUCAAGACAAAUGCAGCAUGUGUUGACUUAUAUGUGUUGACUCCCAAAUGGGAGAACAUGAAGUAUCCCCCAAAAUAGUCAAGUUACUCCUAUGCUAGCUAGAAAGAUGUAAAUUUGAUAUGUACACAGCCCAUCUUUUCAUCUAAUAGCUGAUCUGUUAAUCUAUCAAUCUAUUACUGCAGAAUGCAAGAUUUGUUUGCUAGUAUCUCAUUGUGGUAAACAAACUCAGUUCUACCUAUGAGAAAGCAAAAGUGAGCUUGUGUCCUGUUAUUCCUUUAACUGAAAUGCUGCUUCUGUGUCACUAGAGGGCACUGAUAAUUCCUUUGUCAGUAUGCUGUAAACUGGAGGAAUUCCUGAACCUACAAUAAAUUCAUCGGCAUUUCAUUUAAUGUAUUUCCCCCUUCAUGAUUUACAUAUUGCCAAAUGCAGUAGUAGACAAAAUCCUUACAGGGAUAAUGAGAUAUAAAUAGCCUACUGUCACAUUUUUCAAAGUAAUGCUGUUUUUGUGAAGCCUAUUAACUUUGUAGGACUGCUUAAAUAUUUGAAUGCAUUUCUUUUGCUGCAUAGGAUACAAUUACGUGGACAUGGCAGGGUCCAGGAGCGUAAGUCAGCUACAUAUUAUUUGAAUUUCUAAUUGCUUUAAUUAAUUGCUUUUCUUUCGGAGGACUAGUAUGUUAAAUAAUGGGAAAUAAUGGGCACACGUCAGUUUAUCUUCCUGGACAAUUGCUUUUUUAUGAUCAAACAGGGUUUAAUAAGUUCUUCAAACCCCAAAUCACACUAUUCCUAAUUUGAAUGAAUAGAUUAGCCUGCCAAUAGAUAACUUUUGUCUAUAGUGUUUGGAAGCAUCUGAGCAAUGGCCUUCUUGUUUCUCUUUAGCUUUUUCAUACAAUUUCAGAUUGAUUAAGUAUUUGAGAAUGUUAAAUCAUAAUUGAUUUCAAUAUCAUUCAUAGCUAAGGUACUUAAGUUUACUGCGCAUCAGUUUUGAUAUUUAAUUGCCAAGUAGUGUUCGCUUCCCAUAUUUUACAGAGUGAGGCCCAUCUGCUUACACAACAUAAAUUCAUUUGUGCAAUGGGACUUCUUUUUCUUCCUGCUCCUCCAACUCCCCCCCCCCCAGCUUCAGAGAGUCCCCCAACCCUUUAGAGCAUAUUUGGGGGUGCACAGUGGGGAGGAGAGGAAUGAGAAGUCCCAUUGCAUGAGGAGAUGCCAGUUUGUACAAUGCUGGAUCUCAUCCAAAGUUCAUUUUCGUUUCUCUUUCUCAGGAUGCAUUCGUGAUGUUAAUUACGGAACUAAUGAUCUUGUAAAUUAAAAUGAGCUUUUCAUUUCUCUUUCAGGUUGAAAAUUCUGUGGCUAACUUUAUGUCAGUUUCAUAAUUUUGUGGAAAUAGAGGUUAGUACAAAGUUACCAGUGUUUUAGUCUGCAAUCCUAGGCUUGAGACAACUAAAAAAAACUACAACCCAUUUUAACGGUAUCCUUUAAUAUGUGUGAAUAGUUCAGCUCUGGAACAGGGGAGAGCACAAUAACUUCAUAAGAGUACCCAAACAAAAUAAAGACCCUGUACUGCAGGAGGAAAGCUUAACUUCAUUUUAUUUCUUUUUCAUUUCCCCACUUUGCAAUAAGGAAUAGCCAAUGCUAUUUUUCUAGAAAAAGAGGUACCGGAACUCAGCCAUGAACGCCUCCCCUGUUCUCUUACAAUGGCAAUGGCGCCUGUUAAGUUGUGGGUGAACAUAUCAGACGACACAGCGAUUCUUCAAACAGCUCUUGUUUAUUCACAAGCCAGAACUGAACUGAACUGAAGGGUUCAGCCAGCCUGCUUAUAUAGAGCUGCACUACAACACAACUGUAACACUUUCUGUAACUAUCCAAUCACUGAACGUCACUUUCAAUCCCUUAUUUGCACAUGUGGACCUGAGUGAAAACUAUCUACAGUAUCCCCCUGCUGGCCCAGGGUGAGAACUUCAGUACAUAACAGCGCCCACCUGAGAGGUGCCAGGACUGAGUUCUGGUGACUUCCAGCUGAACAAAAACCCUGGGAAUAGAACAAAUGCUUCCACUGGUCUUCACAAGUCCAUGCAUUGUUAACCUCGAGUUAGGCUACUGUAAUGUGCUCUACAUGGGGCUGCCCUUGGGUCUGGUUCGGAAACUCCAGCUGGUGCAGAAUGCAGCAGCCAGAUUUCUGGGGCAAGCUUCUGGUCAAGAACAUGUCAUGGCUGCCCAUCUGCUACUGAGCCAAGCUUCUUAUACUGAUUUACAAAGCCCUGAGCAGCUUUGGGUCCAGGAUACCUGAGGUAUCACCUGAACCCUUAUAAUUCUGGCUCUGUUACUGAGAUCAUCUGCAGGAGUGGCUUGGGUGAGUUGCUGAGGCUCGUUUGACAACAAAAAGAAAUCAAGCUUUUUGUGUCACCAGUCCUGUGGAACACUCUGCCAAAAGAGAUUCAGAGGCACCUUCUGUGCCAACUUUUAAAUGUCCACUGAAAACAAUUGAGAGUACACCUCCCACAAUAGUCUAUUGAUGCUUGUUUUUUUAAUUUCUUUUUGCUUUCAACUUGCUUUUUUAAACUUUCUAUUAUUUUACUGUCUGGUUUUAUGUUUUUUCUAUUGUGAUAUAAAAUAAAUAAAAGAAUAAUAAUAGAGGUCAAUACGUUAUGGGCAUAUUGGGAGGGGGAAUUAAUGUCACUGAUCACCGAUAAUGCUACUGUCUGUAUGCAGUAGUACUGACGACAUUUGCACAGUCACAUUUCAUACCUGCAGUCCAUUCUUAAUGAGAAAAAUGCAGUUUUUAGACUUGCUGUUCUGAACAGUGGGAAAAUGAGAUAAUUGACGCAGUUGGAAGCACGACGUAGAAGAAAGAUGCCUAAUCUGUAUCCCACACAGCUGCUCAUUUGUUGCACUAUAAAUAUCAUUUGGUUCCUUUUAAAAAUCCAAAUUAAUAAAGGGAGGGAGGUUGGAAACAAAAAAACCUGAAAUGUUGUUACUCCUUAAUGAUGUGUGUAAAAAUUCAGGGUUGGGUUUUUUGGUUUUGGUUUUGCUUAUGAACAUUUGAUCCUGUUACUGUACUUAAAAGCAACGUUAUUAGUGUGUGUUUAUACUUUUGCCUGUGAAAUACGGUAUCACGUUUGAGCUGAAACCAUUUUUUCUACUUGCAGUUCCUGCCUGUGUAUAUACCCUCUGAAGAAGAAAAGAGAAACCCAUCUCUGUAUGCAAAUAACGUGAGACGGAUCAUGGCACAGUAAGUGAACUGCUGUCCAAAUAGCACCAUGUGAUGGUUUCUGCUUAUUUAGAUGUUUGUACCGAAAUAUUCUACUUAUUUUAAUGUGUGUGGUAACAUUGUGGGCAUUGCAGGGGAAAAAAUCAUAUCAAACCUAACAAAAGCUGACUGCAUCACAAGUGUGGACUGGAAUCUGAACCUGUUUUUAGUGGAGAAAUUACAACCCCAUCAAUGACAAGAAAAUCUGUUCCUUCUAAGAUCUGACAAGUCCCUACUAGUGUCAACUUUGACUUGUCUGGGUUCAUUUUCAGUCUAUUAAUCCUUAACUACCUGCCCACAACUUCCAAACAGUGAUUUUAUGGCCAAUACAGUAGCUGGAUGUUUGGGGAAAUUUCCUCACUCCAAAACAGUGGGCGAUCUCUCUCAGUGGCUUUAUAUAGAUGACCAACAGGAUUGGUGCCAAUACUAAUCCCUGUAGGACUACAUAGACCAAUUUUCAAGAGGUGAAAAAUCAACAUAAUUCCCAGCGACCAUCCUCUAUAUCUGACUGGGAAAGAAUACCCUAAUUUCUAGGGAACCAAACCUAUCAUUCAAACUGAAAAUUGAAGCAGAUACAUUAUGGUUGUAGAUUAAGGUGCAGUUUAGAAGUAGCAAGAAAACAAUUUAAAGGAAUUUGGCUUCUAGGUCCCCAGAUAUACCCAAUGCACUGCCCACCAGAAUGCACUGGCUGCUAAUAACUGUAACUGAGCAUUUUAAUUACAGGCAGGUAGCCGUGUUGGUCUGCCAUAGUCGAAACAAAAUUAAAAAAUCCCUUCCAGGAGCUCCUUAGAGACCAGCUAAGUUUGUUAUUGGUAUGAGUUUUCGUGUGCAUGCACACUUCUUCAGAUACCUUCAGAUGUCUUCUUCAGAUAUUCUUCAGGUAUCUGAAGAAGUGUAUAGCUUCAGAUAUCUUCUUCAGGUAUUCUUCAGGUAUCUGAAGAAGUGUGCAUGCACAUGAAAGCUCAAAUCAAUAACAAACUUAGUUUGGUCUCUAAGGUGCUACUGAACAAUUUAAAUACCAUAUUUUUCGCUCUAUAUGACGCACCAGACCAUAAGACGCACCUAGUUUUUGGAGGAGGAAAACAAGGAAAAAAAUAUUCUGAAUCUCAGAACCCAGAACAACAAGAGGGACCGCUGCGCAGUGAAAGCAACGAUCCCUCUUGCUCUUCUGGCUUCUGGGAUAGCUGUGCAGCCUCCAUUCGCUCCAUAAGACGCACACACAUUUCCCCUUACUUUUUAGGAGGGAGAAAGUGAGUCUUAUAGAGCGAAAAAUACGGUACAUGUCUGGGGAAAGUUUUUUAUAGUGGUUUUAAGAUGCAUAAACACACAUAAAUGUACACCAAACAGUUGAGAAACAUGCAGGAGGGAAGGUCUAGUGGUUUAAGGGUUUUAGGCAGAUUUAAAUGUACCCACCCUUUUCUUUGUCUCUUCAUCCCCAUUUUUAAAUUUGAAGUACUCUUGAUGAAAGCUACUCUUUACUUGACUUGCCAGACUGCAUCGUGAGCUUUGGCAUAGUCAAAAUGUGGCGUUUAGAUUGCGUCUGCUUUAUAAGGCUGCUGUUAUCAAUAAAGUGUGACGCUGUUGUGUAAAUUCCUGCUUUUUCCCCCUCAAGGGCUUUGGGGGUUCCAGUAACGGACUACACUUUUGAAGAUUGCCAGCUAGCUUUGGCUGAAGGACAACUUCGUCUCCCUUCAGACACCUGCCUCUUAGAAUUUGCAAAGCUUGUGAGAAGCCUUGGGUGAGCAGGUUGAUAAAAGUGUGGAACUGUACGACAGGAUGUUUUAAUCACUUUGUAACUUUAUAAAGCAGUUUUUUAAAAAAACGUAUUUUAAUUAUAGAUUUUCUUGAUUUACAAAGGUAUGUGCAAUGUCUCUCUCUCGUAUUUUUUUUCCAUGAACCUUUUUUUUUUUUUUUUUAAAAAUCGGUUUAAAAGCAAUUUUUUAAAAAAAGUCAAGCAUCUGGGAGGUUGUGGGGGCAAUGUUUUGCAAUCUUGCAGGAGCAGACCAGAAUCACAGAGGUUUCAAAAGCUUAACAAAUUUGACAUCUGCCAGUGUUGUGCAAGAUCUAGUUAUAAUAGGCUUCUUGCCACUUAAUUCAGUUGAGCAUUCCUGGCUUCAGUUGACUGUGGUUCUGAUAAUUAGGAAAGUCAUAAUUUGUAUUCCUGGGUGAACCUAGCAUAUUACAACUUAUGGUGGAGACAGAAAGGAAGAGCCAUCUGUAUAUCACUUCCCUCAACACAAGUUAGAUGCCAGGGUUGUGGUUUGCAGAAAUCAGAGUGCGCAUUGCUUAAAUUUAUAUUGUUAACAAAAAAACACACCCUUUCAGCUUAACAUGUUAUAUUGGACACUUCCCAUGUUCACUCACAUUUCAAAAUGUCAAGAAGUUACAGCUGUUAAGUCCCCACAUCCUUAACAGAUGCAUUGUUUAUGCAGUAUUGAUAUAGUAUUGAAUCUUACCUUGUUAGAUCCAGCUUCAUCACUGCCUUGAAGCUUGGUGGUUGUCAGUGGUAGAUGAGAAUCUGAGAUGAUGAUGAUGAUAUUUUUAAAGGAGGGCUUUUUCUAUAACUGCAAAUAUAAAGUGGGAGCCACUUUUUCCAGUUCGGGAUAUUGCAUUAGAACUUUCCUCUUCUGAAAAUUGAAUUUAUCCAAAUGCUCUCCCACGUUGUUUUAGAGCAAAACUGUAUAUUCAGAUUGCGAGGUACGGAAUUCCUGGAACUCUGUCAUUCAGAAUGAAGAGUGAAGAGAUCCAUGUCUGAAUGAUCCACCACAGGAAGAAAAGGUGUAGAUUCAUUGAAUUGUAGAGUUGGAAAGGAAGCUGAGGGUUAUCUAAUCCAACCCCCUGCAAUGUAGGAAUCACAACUAAAGCAUCUAUGACAGAUGGCCAUCCAGCCUCUGCUUAAAAUCCUCCAAGGGAGGAGAGUCGAACUCCUCUCUUGGGAAUCAUUCCACUGUCAAACAGCUCUUAGUGUCAGGAAGUUCUUCCUUUCUUGUAACUUGAAUCCAUUGGUUUGGGUCCUAGCCUCUAGAGGAGGAGAAAACAAGCUUGCUCUAUGUUGCUCGGUCCCUGCUCCUGCCAACCUAACAUGUUUGAAAGCACGUCAAAGUGCAAGUAGAUAAAUAGGUACCACUCCAGCAGGAAGGUAAACGGCAUUUCCAUGCGCUGCUCUGGUUCACCAGAAGCAGCUUAGUCAUUCUGGCCACAUGACCCGGAAGCUGUACGUCGGCUCCCUCGGACAAUAAAGCGAGAUGAGCACCGCAACCCCAGAGUCGGUCACGACUGGACCUAAUGGUCAGGGGUCCCUUUACCUUUACCUUUUAUUGUCAGAUGGCUUAGGUGGUUGCUCACGAGUAACCAGGCAGGACUCCGACCUGUCUUUUACAGGUUUUAUUUAGGUGCAAAACUAUUUACAGUGCAGAAUCCCAAAGUUCAUGUCUGCCUCAAUCGCUAGCAGAAUCCGGGAGUGCUUGUUUCCUGGACCUCCCCCAGCAUAAGAGUCUCGUUACGCCCAGCCUUUCUCUUCCCUCUUUGCGCUUUAGACUUCUGUGCAGGGUGGGCGACGGAAUGGGCGUGCUUCCUUCCUGGCCAGUUUUGCCAGGAGCGUUGUUGAGGCUCCUACCAGCAUCCUCUGGUCCUUUCACUUCUUCCUCAUCACCGGAAGAAGAACUGCUUCGCAAGAUUGUCGGAGGCUCCCUGUAACACAACUGCCCCUCUGUUUCCCGCCACUGUUCUGAUGGCAGUUCCUGACAGCUAUCAUAUCUCCUCUCAAUCUCCUCUUUACCAGGCUAAACACAUCACACAUCAGGGAUAAGUUUUUAGCAUUAAUCUUCUGUUAGUGGAUUGCCAGGAAAUUACAAACUGCCUGGUUUGUCCUCCUCAACACUCCUGUAAGAAAAAAAGAGAGAGGGUUGUCUACAAUUUCAGCCUUGGUUCUUUUCCUCCCAUGUUUAGAUUAAAGCCAGAGAAGCUUGAAAGAGAGCUUGAUGCAUAUUCAGGAAAUACCAAGAGAAUGAAAGACAAAAGGGUCAGUCUCAAAGAGUUUGCGGAAUACCUAGAAGUCCCGGUUUCUGACACAUUAGAAAACAUGUUUGCACUUUUUGAUGAGGUAAGAAAGAUGACAGUCUUGAAAUUUCUAAAUAACCACUUUUAUUAUUUGAAUUAAGGCCUUGGGCAUUCUUUCGUUAGGAAUGCAGUUUUCAUUUGUGAGUACGGUUAAUAUAGCUGUAACAUAGAAAGUACUUGUUUAUGUUAUGAACAAUAGUUUCAAAAAAGUGAUUACUAAAUUCAGAAGAUCUUGUGUGCAUGCCUUUUGCCUGCUGUGCGAACAUUUGUAGUCUGAAAUUACGCAUCCUAUUGGCUGCCGGUCAUCAUUUUUACCAUGGAGAAAUGUAGCACAAGGGAUACAUGGUGACUAUGACUUAUUUUACAAAUUAGACUACAGCUUUCUAUAUACAUACACAUAUAUAGCAAGCAUAACGUAUUGUUGCAUCAAAGAGAGGAUACCAAAAUGGCAAUUGAAUUAGUUCUUAUCAAUGGACCACCCUGUGCUUCUUCAGACCUCUGCAGUUUGAAGGAGAGAAGGGGUGGCAUAUGAAAAGCUCUCUCUAAACACCCACAUUUCACUAUUUGAAAGCCCAGGUCCAUAUAGUUAAAGCUAUGGUUUUCCCAGUAGUGAUGUAUGAAAGUGAGAGCUGGACCAUAAAGAAGGCUGAUCGAUGAAGAAUUGAUGCUUUUGAAUUAUGGUGCUGGAGGAGACUCUUGAGAGUCCCAUGGACUGCAAGAAGAUCAAACCUAUCCAUUCUUAAGGAAAUCAGCCCUGAGUACUCACUGGAAGGACAGAUCCUGAAGCUGAGACUGAAGUAUUGCUUUGGCCACCUCAUGAGAAGAGAAGACUCCCUGGAAAAGCCCCUGAUGUUGGGAAAGAUGGAGGGCACAAGGAGAAGGGGACGACAGAGGACGAGAUGGUUGGAUAGUGUUCUCGAAGUUACCAGCAUGAGUUUGACCAAACUGCGGGAGGCAGUGGGAGACAGGAGUGCCUGGCGUGCUCUGGUCCAUGGGGUCACAAAGAGUCGGACACGACUAAAUGACUAAACAACAACAAAGGGCUGUUUGAAAGCCUCGUGGUUCUUUUUGAGGUUUUGACAAUCAAGACCUCAAAGGGUUACAUUAACUGAUAGCACUAUGAUGCCAGGUGAUUGGCAGGUGGGCUCCCUGCCCACCAGGGGUUGGGGAGAGAAAGAUCUGGCCAGAAAGGGUUCCUUGUUGUAAAACAACUGAGAAAUAUAAGAUGUUUCAAAAGUUCAGAGGACUUAGUCGCCCCUAGUUUCUUUGUUUAGAAAUCUUUGUGCUGAAACCUCCAUGUGAGCUCUUUUUAUGUGUACUUUUCAGAAUUUUAUUUUCUUCGGUGCGUAUUUUCUAUGAAACUGGUAAUACAGCUUUGUUUCUUUUUUUACAGAAGGAAGGUGGUCUGAUUGACUUAAGAGAAUAUGUAAUCGCUUUGUCAGUAGUCUGCCGGCCAUCCAAAACCUUGCAAACGAUACAGCUGGCUUUUAAGGCAAGUAGCAGCUUUUAUUAAGACGGUUUGUUGAAAGCCAUUUUUAAAAACAAAGCCCUUUUUUCCCUUUUCCUUUUUUGGGGGGGCAAAACAGGUCAAUUCAUUACAUUGACCACAACUUCUCUGCAUCCCUGGUCAUUACUGGCUUUAUAAAAGUUCUGUACAGUAGUCAGCAUCUAACAGUAGCCAUAUUCACUCACAUGCAUUUUGACCCGCAAAACACAGCAGCAAUCUGUUGUGCCCUGUUUUGUUUUUUUCCAAAUCAGCAAACAGGAGCAUGAGACUGUGCAAAUUGCUGCCUACGCAGGCAAAUGGGUAAGAAAAAAGUAGCUUGCAUGCUCAUCACUUGAUGAAAGCAGCAUCAAGCGACAACUUGUAAAUGUGAGUGAGCCAUCACAUAUACAACACCACAGAGACAUCCUUUCUGGUAAUUGUGUUUUAUUGUACAUUGAUGCUUUAUUUUAUGAACUGUGGCCAAAGAGGGGCUAACAAAUGGGGAGUGUCACUUGAUGAUACCUCAAACUUAAUGUUUAUCAGGAAAGUUAAUUCACAUACUCAUCUGUGAGUCAUUGAGCACUGAGAAAUCAAGUGAUGUAAGUGAAAGCCAAGGUUUGUGUACCUUUUGAAAGCCCUGGAUUUCCUGAGCUCAGUAUAUCUGAAGACCACCUUUUCCUGCAUGAGCAACCCCUUACCCUAAACACAUCUGGGGUGAUCCUGCUCUGGACGUGGCUAGGUCUUAUUUUUAUUUCAAAAUAUUUAUGACCUGCCUUUCUGUCCACCAGGACCACCAAGGCAGCUAGCAAUACACAAUACAUUGCCUAACUGGCAAAAUGCACAGUUCCCACAGAAUAAAAGAGACAGUAAAUCAAAAGAACUCAAGGGCGUAUGAGCAUAUGAGCUCCCCGAUGCUCUCUUAUCCCUCCAGCACCCAACUCUAUUGUGGCAUCACACCUGUGGAUUGCAUUUCCUUAUGCUGGCCCACCAGAUUAUAGCCUCAGCAGAAUUUAGGUGACAAAUGAAGUCUCCUGUAUCCGUUGCAGUGAUGAUGCAUGAUUAGUCAGUUUCCUGCAGCAGACCUUGAGAGAAUGGGAUUUUAACUGGCAUUUAGUAACAUGGUUGGCCUUUGUAUUUUUAUGUACUGUAAUUCCUUAUAUUACCUUGAGUACUACUUUUAGUGGAGAGGCGAUUGCAUGUUUGAUGAUGAUGAUGAUGAUGAUGAUAAUAAUAAUAAUAAUAAUAAUAAUAAAAAAUUAUUUCUACCCCACCCAUCUGGCUGGGUUUCCCCAGCCCCUCUGGGCGGCUUCCAACAAAGUAUUAAAAUACAGUGAUCUGUUAAACAUUAAAAGCCUCCCUAAACAGGGCUGCCUUCAGAUGUCUUCUAACAGUCUGGUAGUUGUUCUUUUCUUUGACAUCUGGUGGGAGGAUGUUCCACAGGGUGGGUGCCACUACCGAGAAGGCCCUCUGCCUGGUUCCCUCUAACUUGGCUUCUCGCAGACAGGGAACUGCCAGAAGGCCCUAAGCGCUGGACCUCAGUGUCUGGGCAGAACGACAGGGGUGGAGAUGCUCCUUGAUUUAUCUAGAGGCCAAUCCCCCACCUUUGCAAUACCAGGAUGCCUGUUGUUGUUGCUAUUAUCAUUAUUGUUUAUUCAGUUUACAUCCCGUCCUUCCUCCCAAACAAGCACUACAUUUGCACCACUCAAAACAGCUUACAGCAAUUAAAAUACUGCAUCCACAAAAGCAAUAAUAUUAAACAAAGCAGUUUAAAAAUAAAAACAGGCACAGCAGAUAAAACCCCAAAGAGAGCUUGUCAUAUAAAGCAUCCUAUGUUGGCAAGAAGGGGCUCCAAACAAACCUCAGAGGGCAAGGUAUUCCAUAGCCUGGGUGUGACCACUAAGUGUGGCCCUUUUUCUCUUUCUUUAUCUGUUUCUGAAUAAACCAGAGGUAGGUCGCAGUGAAUGCCCUCUCUGCCAGAUCUUAGACAUUGGGCAGGCUGGUACAGGAAUAGGCGGCCCCUAAGGUAUCUAAUAGGGACACGGGGGUGGCACUGUGGGUUAAACCACAGAGCCUAGGGCUUGCCGAUCAGAAGGUCGGCAGUUCGAAUCCCCGCGACGGGGUGAGCUCCCGUUGCUCGGUCCCUGCUCCUGCCAACCUAGCAGUUCGAAAGCACCUCAAAGUGCAAGUAGAUAAAUAGCUACUGCUCCGGCGGGAAGAUAAACAGCGUUUCCGUGCGCUGCUCUGGUUCGCCAGAAGCGGCUUAGUCAUGCUGGCCACCUGACCCGGAAGCUGUACGCCGGCUCCCUCGGCCAGUAAAGCGAGAUGAGCGCCGCAACCCCAGAGUCGUCCGUGACGGGACCUAACAGUCAGGGGUUCCUUUACCUUUAAUGUAUCUAAUAAACUGUAUCAAUAAAUGUAUUUGCUCUUGGGCUUCAGCAAAAUUUGCAAACUCUAAAUGGAAAAUAAAAGGUGGCGUAUCAAUCAGUGUAGGGAAGUUGGAAGAUUUAUUUGGCUGGGAGAAAAGUGUCAAACAGAGGCCCUGGGAAUGUGUUUCUUUGCUGCUGCUGCUGCAAUAACAAAUCAUACGUUUUAAUUUUUCACAGAUGUAUCAGUCAGAAACUGGAGCUCUAACAGAAGAAGAUUUAACUUGCAUUUUAAAGACUGCCAUGGGUGUUUCAGAUCUUAAUGUGUCAAACCUAUUCAGAGCUAUAGAUGUCGACGAAAGGGGGGAAAUUACAUACGGUGAGUUCCGUGCUAUGAUUUUAGAAAGCCGCAGACAAUGGGGAACUUUUGUGUGGUGGCCAGGCAUGUCCCACGGAAAAGAGCAGCUGCCUGGGGGCAAGUGUGACAGGUUCCUGGCCAUUGUGUUGCAUUGGACGGGCUGUAGCUCAGAGUUUAAGUCCCAGCUUCAAACCCAAGCAUUUCCAAGUGGGAAUGACUCUGUCAGAAACCCUGAAAAGCCAGUCAGUACUAGAUAGUCUGGGUCAAUAUGAAACAGCUUCCUGUGCUCAUUAAUGGGCUUCCUGGAAUGUCUGUAUAUAGGGACGGAAUGUCUGUAUAUUAUUUCUUGUUUAUGUGCUAUACCUUUUCCUCCAGCUUGUAUGGUUGGCACCCCCUUCACCCCUUUGAUCCUUACAGCAACCCUGAGAGAUAGUGCAUGGCCCAAAGUAAUCCAGAGAGCUUCCAAGCCAAAUGGAAAUUUGAACUUGGAUCAGUCCAGUCCUAGUGCAGCACACUAACGCGGUCCAUGCUAUGGUUACCAGUAGCUAAAGGUUCCAUUCUGUUCUAUGAUCAGUGACCUUAUGCUGCAGUGUUGGGCGCUGUGGUCUAAACCACUGAGCUUCUUGGGCUUGGUGAUCGGAAGGUUGGCGGUUCGAAUCUGCGUGACAGGGUGAGCUCCCAUUGCUCUGUCCCAGCUCCUGCCAGUUUGAAAGCACACCAGUGCAAGUAGAUAAAUAGCUACACCUGUGGCGAGAAGGUAAACGGCGUUUCCUUGCUCUCUGGCUUCUGUCACGGUGUCCCAUUGCACCAGAAGCAGUUUAGUCCUUCUGGUCACAUGACCCGGAAAGCUGUCUGCGGACAAACGCUGGCUCCCUUGGCCUGAAAGCAAGAUGAGCGUCGCAACCCUAUAGUGGCCUUUGACUGGACUUAACCAUCCAGGGGUCCUUUACCUUUUACCUUUACCUAAUGUAAUAAAGCGACCUGUCAAGAAAAGGCCAACACGAACAAACAAACUAUUGCUUAAAGCUCAAGGAGGUGGGGAGGGGAGGAACAUAGUGUAGUUCUGCAAAUCAUUUUGAGUUGUUAGCAAAUGUUAGUGUUACUCAGGGAAAACCCAUUGAAACUAAUGAAAAUGACUAUCCUGUGUCAGUGGGUCUACUCUAAAUAUAAUUUAAUUGGGUUCAACCCUUUGGAAAAUGCUCUUAAAGUUUGGCAUGGGAGACUUAGUAACUAGUAGUCUACUUAGUACUUUUAUUGUCUUGCAGUCUUUCUUGAUUUUGUAAGUAAAACACUUAAAAUGUAUGCUUGCUUUUAUUAAUUUCUAGAGGAUUUCCACAAGUUUGCCGAAAUGUAUCCAAACUUUGCUGAGGAGUAUUUAUAUCCCGAUCAAAUGGAGACUGAUACCUGUCCUGCUCCUAACGGUUUCUGUACAGACUUCAGCCCAGAAACUACUGAAGACAGAAGAAAUCACCUGCAGAAGAAACUGAAUUAAUGUUAACAAUUCCAGCGUCCUCUUCUGGUGAGAGGAGCGUGUCCUGUCUUAGGCUCGUCAUAGUCACACAACUAUGUAAUCUGAAGUAUGCGAGGGGUGUGUAAGACAGAGAGGAGUGUGUGUGUGUGUGUGUUUGUGAGAGACAGAGAGAGAGAGAUGAUUUUGCUGCAUUAAUGAGCAUCUUCGGACUUCCUAUUUGGAAGAUCUUGGUUUUUUCCAUCAGCAUCUUGGAAAGUAAAGAAUGUAAAUGAACUUUUAAUUUGUGUACUUAAAAAGAAGAUGCUUGCAUAUUUAUAUUCCAUUGUUUAGUUCCAUGUACAAAGUGUCCUACAAAGUGUGCAUGUGUAAAGAAUACUGUAGCUCCUAUGGUGUUAAGUGCACUUCGGUGAUUAGUGUUAUUCCUGUUUAGGGAAUUGUUUGGGUUCAAGUUCCGCUUUCCUUCUUCAUGUGAAGACACAACUAUUUACUGCUGACUGUGGUCACUGGUCUUCUGAACAAGGCUAGCUCAAUUUAGCCCUUUUGUUUUCAUUUCAGCAAACAGUUAAAGGAAGAAAAGUAUGCAAAAAUAUUUUUAACUAAGGAAUUUUUAAAAUUAUUUUUCUUGUAAGAGGACUUUUUUGCCAUUCAGUUCAUGGUAGUAUUAAAAAUUGGAAGGGUGUGGUUGUUCCCUAGGUUGUGUGCAUUCUGUGCUAAAAGCAUGAAAACAUCUGUACCAAGUAACAUAAAUUCAAAGAAAACUGAAUUCCGAGGUUUAUAUAAACUAGAUAAUCUUCCACAUUAUAUAUAGUUCUGCUUUUCCUGAAUGUGGGCAAUGACCAAAACAACUAAAUAAAUGAGGCAGGUUUGAGAGAGACUGAGGCCCAGUGUGAUGUAGUACUUGAGAGUGUUAGCCUAGCGCCAAGGAAGACCUGAGUUUGAAUCCUGGCUCAGUCACAAAGCUCACCAGUUUACCUAGGGCCAGUCACACUCUCAGCCACACCUGCCUCACAAGGUUGUUGUGAGAAUGAAAUGGACCGGAAGGAACCCUUGAGUUCCUUGGAAGAAUGGUGGGAUACAAAUUGCCCCUGACCUCUGGAAAGUCAUAUUAUUCCCACUAUAAAAAGCUGCUGAGAUUUCAGAGCCCACAUACUGUCACAUUUAUCUUCACAUCUUAAGGGCCAGAAAUGUUCAUUUCAAAAAAAAAUGAAUGCUAAAAUUCUCAGGAUGCUGAAUACUGCCCUAAAUUCAAAUUUAUUUAAUUAUUGGGUAUGAACACAGAAUACACACAGCCCUGGCCAUAUUCCUGCCUUUUCUGUUGUAUUUCACUUAGGGUUUUCUAGCAGGGGAUAAUUAAACAAGGUAUAUUUUAAACAGCUUCAAUGGAUUUGGCUUUUUGCACAGAAGCAACACAAUGCAUAAUGGAGACUGAACAGGCAUAAAAUAAACCAUUUUUAACACCAGAAAGCCAUCAGUUCUUGUGAACUGCCCUGAGACCUGUGGGUAUAGAGAAGUAUACAAAUUUAAUAAAUAAUAAUAAAAUAGUCCCUCAUAAUCACCCACAGAUAUCACAAGAUUUGGUUGUACACAUUUUCAGAAAGAACGCUUGGUAACAUCUGACUCCAUUUUUUUUACUAUCCCUGCCUUAGUGACUUUUUCAUUGCAAGAUGCUUUUCAAAUCAAUGUAUUGCCUCAAAUGGUCACAAAACCUCAUUGCUCUAAAAUGUGUUCUCCUACAGUCCACAGCUUUUCUACAGUUAAAAACUGGACAUUAAAAAAAAAGAUAUGGUAUAAAUUACUGUAUUACAUCAGCUUUCUAACCCCCUUUUAAUGUAUACAGAGAUCAAAAAGAAGAGGACAAAUGCACUUGGAGGUGUUUUGUCUAUGAAUCUGCUUCCUUCCAAAAUGCUGUUGGGAUCACAUAAUUUUGAGCAACUAUUUAGGUUGUUAUAGGUUUGGAAGAUAAUUUUUCCCUCCUCAAAUCAAGAAGUUGCACACAUAGUUUCAAUGAGACUUGCCAUUAUGUCAGUAAAUGGUAUUCAUCUGAACGGUGAUUCUCCAUGGCCUGAGAACGGCCAUUGGUUGGGCAAUGGCUCCAUCUUGGGAACAAAGACAGCAGCGGAACUUCAGAGAAGUAGACAGCUCCCACAAUCCAGUUUGCAAACUUGUUUUGUUAUCAGAAAAUGUCAGAAUCCUUGGUCUGCAUCAAAGUAGCCUCAAGUUAACAGAGCAUUGAAACCUGAUCAAAAGUUAACCUGAAUGGCAUUGUGCCCUAUCUGAAGAAGAAGAGAAGAAGAGUUUGGAUUUGCUGUCCCGCUUUAUCACUACCCUAAGGAGUCUCAAAGCGGCUAACCAUCUCCUUUCCCUUCCUCCCCCACAACAAACACUCUUGUGAGGUGAGUGAGACUGAGAGAUGUCAGAGAAGUGUGACUGGCCCAAGGUCACCCAGCAGCUGCAUGUGGAGGAGCGGGGAAUCGAACCCAGUUCACCAGAUUACAAGACUACCACUCUUAACCACUACCACUACACCACACUGGCUGAGCAAAGAAGUGGGGGGUUUUUGCUUGCUUCUCCUCACUGCAGUACUGCCUGCUUUCUGGACUCCUAAAGCUACAUCAAACUACAGGGAAGUGAAUCAGCUUUCUUUUGCUACAAAGCAGUCCACCAUUUAAUUUCCUUUGCCAUUGCAAACACACAUGCAUGCCAAAAUUAUACAGGUCUAGUUUCAAAUGUGUGAGCUUCCUUUUACAUCUCAUUUAUUCAAAUGUCAAUUAUGUUGUCUGAGAGUGCAGCAUUUUUUUUCUGGCUUUCCAGCAGGAAAAAUCCUUAGGGUUGAAAAGUCUGCUUGGUGAAGGGAGGGCACAAAGCACUGGAUAGCAAAUUGAUGCACACUGUCGCUUUCACCAACGACCAGUGGACUUGAACAUACUAAUCCUAGCAUUGCACACCCUAUCACUGAAGGCUUGCAUCCAACGUAAUUGCCACUCCUGGCAGGGAGACCUGUACUUUUGAAUCCAGGGUCCACCCAACACAUGGCCAGCAGAAGACAGCAAGGAAACGUGCACAGGAUCGUGUCUGUUAUAGGCUGUUGCCCACUGGAACAAGAGAAGUGCUAAUUGAAAGCGGUAGUGGUGAUGUUUGGCCCAGACUGUGAUUUGAGCCACAGGCAUUCAGAGGUCAAGGACUUCUUCCAAGAACAUUACACCUGCCUUUUUGAAAGAGGCCAGAAACUUGAUCUUCAAAAUGUAGUCUAGAGAGAGCAACAUCAUACCUGUGGAGGUUUCAAGAAGCAUUCCAAGAUGGACCAGCUGUCCAAUCAGAGACAGGUGAUUCUUGCCUAGGUUUACAAGGAAUCCCUGGAUCUCCACCCAAGGAGGAGUCAAAGCCAUGUCUCAAAGGGCCCAAGUCACAGUGGUACAGCCGAUAAGGAGAUUGCCCUGGAAGCAGAGGUGAGCCACCAGGGCAACCAUACUCUGUGCGGAGGUCUGAAGUGCUGUAGCCAAGUAGAAAGGAAGGGCCCAGUAUUGAAGAUGAUUCUGGUCAAAUGAAAACUACAGGUACUUCCUGUGAUUGCAGUGAAUGGGGAUGUGCAGCUAUGUUUCCUGAAAUCUAUGGGCACUAAGAAAUACAGUGUUUGGAUACAGUCUUACGUGGAGGCCACAGAUUGCAUCCAUAACUUAUUGUAAGCGACCCACUGGUUCUGGAACUUGAAAUCUAGCAAAGUCAUCCAGGACUAGCCAUCCUUCUUUGGCAGCAAAUGAAUAUUGAAUGGGUGGGGAACCUUAUUUGUUCUGAGCCAACAUUGGCAGUUGGGUAGGACUUCUCACCUGUCAGUCAUGCAUCAUUAUGAUGUCACGUAAUUGACAGUGUCCUGCCCACUUGUCAAAAUUAUUAUGCAGGGAUUAUGGAAGUGACAAACAGGGGAGGAAGAAAGAAUUGUUUAGCAAGCAAAGGCAAUGCAGGAGUUCUCCUGAGCUCUGUCUUUGCUUGAAAAUCAUACUUUUCUCCUCUCCCCCACAGGGGAAGGGGAGAAAGUUGCAUUUUGCAGCAAAGACAGGAUUGCCGGAGAAGUAUUCAGCUGCAACAGGGAUGAGGGGAGAAAGAAACUGUGAGAGAGAAAAACCUAAACUGCACCAGAAAAGAUAGAAAGAAUGCCACAGGUAGCUGGGGAGGAAAUAAAGAGACAAGAUAAUGAAGAAAGGAAGAAGAAACCAAUGAAUUAUAAUCCUGAGGAGAAUAAAUGAAUGGGAGCUCUAAGGAACGCAAACAGGAUUGUUAGAGGUGCCUGCUUCUACGAAGUUCUUGCUCCUACUGUUCCCCACCAGAUGGAACUGUUUCCCAAGCUGUGAUCUUCUCAGGUCAUGGAAGAAUCUCCUGGCUUUUCAUUGAUCCGUCUUUAUUUCCCGCAAAGCUUCUCACUCUCUGAUCUUGCCUUUCAUAUGCUUGACUGCGCAUCCAGCUGCCACAUAUUUCCUCAUCCUCCACUCUGGGUGCUUCCAGACUAGGGUUAACUCUAGAAUUGCCUCUUUUUGCCCACUCGCUUUUUAUCAGGCACCUGCCAUUAAAAUGCCCGUGCUACCUUUUCUGUACUUAUUCCAUUUCCCUUUUCGGAGCUCACAAAAUCCCAACUUUUGGAGGGGAAGGAGCAAAACAGCAGAGCAAUCUCCAGCCUUAGAAUACCUUCGUAUUUUAUUAAAUUUGUAUACCGCCCUUCCUCCAUAGAUCUCAGAGCAGUUCACAGUAUAAAAAUUACAAGAUUAAAACACAGUGCUACUCUUCCAUCCAUUUCAAGAGCUGCAGAUUUGACAUGUGCAGUUAGGUUACCAUCACAUCACAUGGGCACACCUUCAGUGUUACUUUUCCAGUUGGUGCCAUUUUAGCAACAUGGGUUGCUGUUUUUUACUCUUUUAUGUUGAUGCAGUCUUUUGCUUUCAAGCAUUUUAAUGCAUUCGUAAAUUGUGUGUUUAGGUCCAUUGUUACAACUCCUCUCAGAAGGCUGUUGUGAUGUUCACAGUUGUGGACAGAACAUAGCAGGGUACAGACAUAGAACCGUAGAAUUCUGGAGGUGGAAGGGACCCUUAGGAUCAUCUAGUCCAACCCCCUGAAAUACAGGAAUAUGCAACUGUCCCAUACGGGGCUCGAACCUGCGACCUUGGUGUUAUCAGCACCAUGCUCUAACCAACUGAGCUAUCCAUGCAAACUGUUCUACCCCUUAAAGUGUAGGAACCUAGGGGCAAUGCUGCAUGUAGAAAAGCAGUGAUUGAACCAUGCUAGAAGUAAACACUAGCGGUAUGAAAGCUCCCAUUGUGCUGUGUAAUUUCUGACUAAUACACAACAUGCACCAUAUGAAAUUCUAUGGGAGAAUGCCCCUUGCCUGUGAAUGACUAGAGCAGAUACUUGUCUUCUCUUGAUGGCAAUACCAUGAAGAAUAGAGACAUCGUCGUCGUAUUUUUAAAAGAUUAAUUUCAUUCUGAAGAGCUAUCAGACUUCUGGUUUAUUUACAUGCCUGCUCAAUUCAGAGACUUAAUUUUCCUAUUCAUUGUGGGCAGAGAUAACAGAGCCUAUACGAAGCCUGAACAUUGUGCGAAUGGCCCUAUUGAAGCUGGUGGGGUGGUGUAUUUCAAAAUUGGGACCAAAGAACCAAGGACACUUUUGUUGUCGUUAAGAGCUGUUAUGAUCACUUCAGUCCAGCUGCUGCUCGUGGGAACAGCUUUCGAUACAUUUCAGCUUGUUUGUGGGAUAAUGACCAUAAUAUAGAGUCCUACUUCAGUAAGUUAAGUGUCAACAGCAUUUUUAUACUGCCUACUGUCAUUUAAAUGAAUUUUAAUGUGGGGAUAUUUUUUUCAUAACUUUCAGAAGCAUAAAGGUUUUUACAUAGAGUAACGCCAGGAGCUGUUGUGCUAUCAAGUUAGGUGUUUUUUUGUUUCGUUUUGUUUCGUUUCGCUAUUGAUCCUCUUCUGAAGAAUUGCUUUAACCUCAGCAAUCUCCAGGUCUUGCAAGGCAUGUGGAGAAGUAGGUGCUGUAAAGAACAAGAACAAAACAACCCUGUAAUCCUCCUCAUGGAAUGCCUUUAGAAGUUUCACAGGUAAAUUCCAUAUAGAGUCUGGAAUGUGUAGUAUCUUUUAUCUGAAAAUUAGGUGGGUAAGAUGGGAUUAGGAAAAAGGCAGACGAAGGCUAUUUUCUAUAGGUUCCCUAUGCUGUUAGCCCUGGAAUGAUGCCUAUUCUCCCGUCUUUCCCACUUUGCCAAAUUUAUAUAGGAAUAUGACGGCAUGUGUAAUCAUUUGCGUAAAUUUAUCUUCGUACGAUCUCAGCCAACGUGUUUCAUGUGAAUUUGGGUCAAGUGAGUUGCAUUAGAUCCCACUUCUUGAAUUUGAAGGAUUAGAUUGCAGUGCUCGAUACUCCCAUUGUUCAAGGUGCAUUUUGCAAAAGGGAAUUUCAUUAGCGCAAAAAGUUUAUGAGCUCUGGGUGCACGCACCUGAGAUUUCAGAUUAAAACUGCAGAGUGGAAUGAAAGGAAGACCUUUUUCUGCCUCUCCAUUUCCAGCUACUCUCUGAAAACUGUAGAAGAGACUUUCUUAAGAAUAUUAGGGAGGUGGGCAGGGGAAGGACUAGACCAUGUGAAAAAUGAACAUAAUAUUUUAGCUGCAGUUCAUUCAUUUUCAGCUUUGUAUUCUUGUUAUUAAAAAGUGCACCUAGACAUUCCGCUGUUGCACCCAUAACCUAGGUUUAUGGUGCCAUUGAGCUCCUAGCUUUCAUAUCUCAGUUUCUAACACUCUUAGAUUGCCUCCUGAAAGCAACAGGUUUUAGAAAAAAAACCUGGUUUUAGAACCAGGUUUUAGAAAAAAACCCUCAGAGUUCCAGCUACCCUGAGAGUGGCGGGGUGAUUCCUUGCUAAUAGUGUUCUCUGAAGUGUCCAUCCUUAGGUAGCCAAAUUAGCACCAUCCAAGCACAAGAUGGGAGGGUUGCAGAAAUAAAAGCAACAGGAACCUAAAGUAGGAUAUAGCAUCCUUACUGUCUACAGAAUGCUCUGCAUUUGUGGUGGAACAGAAAAUUGGGGUGGGUAGGAUGGAGUUUAGUAAAGGGUGUCAGUGGCAGAAACCCUGAAAAGGAACAUUCCAUCCUGCAAUGUUUUUUCGGAGGUCCAGCUCAUAGUUUAAAACUCUGUAAUAAGCUGCCAGUGCCAUUCUUCAGCAACACCCUUUAUCUCAUUCCUUCUCCCUCCCUCCCAAAUCUCCUGUUAGCUUCCCUCGGUUCUCUCCUCCAAAGGUUUGCUGGUUAAGCUGUUGGGUUUUCUCCUUUGUCUCUGGUUUAGUUUUUAAAAGCAUCAAAGCUCAGGCUUGCCUGGGAGCCACCCAUUCUGAUCGGGAAGGUUGUUGCCUUCAUAUCUUGUGUGAGAUCUGGUUACGCUUGCUCUCUUUAUCACUGUAUUCCUUCAAAUGUCUGUCUUUGAACAAAAGCUCUCAAAGCUGAUACCUGGUAAGCUCUGGCUAAAAUUAAGCAGAGCCCAGAGAAAGAGCCUUUGGGUUAAACAGUGAGGGGCUGACAUGGUAAAAAAGGCAUUUUGCAGGGAAGUUACAAGUUGGAAUAUUUUGUGUGUCAAGGGUCUGCUGUACAUAUUUAGCAGGUUUGCUUGCGAUGCUUAAACCAUGGUCUAGCACUUUGUGCAUGAGCCUGGGCAAGCCUAAACAAAGUCUCAAGCUCAUCUUUCCUCUUCCUCUCACACGGCUGGGAGAACUGCUGCUGCUGCUUUCAGUGUUCUGGUGCGCCAUGAUGUAUGACCCAAGAGCCAUGAUUGAAAGGAAACUCUGGAUAAGUUAAACCAGCUAGCAUCAUAAAGCAUGGUUUGAAGUUAACUUGGCUUUAAACCACAAUUCCCAGUUCAAGCAUAACAACAAGCCAGCAUUUGUGGAAACAGAACUAAGCAUGGCAAAAGUUCUCUUGCUUGAGCCAGGAAGAGGGCUGAGCUUGUGAACCAAUGUGCAUAGUGCUAAUUGCAACUUAGUUUUUGGCUUUCUGUUUUAAAAGGGCACAAACUUAGAUAGCUGGAGCUUUGUUUAGGUUGUGUGGAGUCAUGCAGUCCUGAUCUGUCCAACCUUGGCAGGUACAAGUUUAACAGUGGAAUAGAAUUCCUUGGCUGCUUUUGAGGCAUCAGAAGAGCUUCCAAGUGUGGCUGACAUUUAAAAACACUCCUUUCCAUGCAAAGCUAUAGUGAAAUGGUAACUGAGGCACAACUGAUCAUGUUUGCAUAGCAUCAGCAUCAUUUAUUCUUUUUUUAAAAAAGCCCAUAUAACAAGUGUACAACAUGACCACUUCUUCAUGUGUUAUAUUUCCCCCAUGAUCAAAGGGUAGUCUUAAUAAACUACUACUUUGUAGUAGCACAGAAGACUCACUGUAUCUGGAGUCAGAGGCAUUCAAAUAUGGGAAGUUAAGGUAAAAUUGUGCAAUACAGCUGUCUGCAAAAUUAACUUGAGACCUAACUUUCUGUGAUUUUAUUGAUGAAAUCACCAGUAUGGUUUAUCAAAAGAAUCUCAGUGUGCCUCACAUUUUCUUCUAUUUCAGAUUGGAAAAAAAUCGAUAGGGACAAAUAAUUAGAUGAAUAAGGCAAAAUAUGUUACAUCAACAUUUUCCAAUUAUCACAACUGAAUUAUCUAAUUACAAGGUUAUAGUGCAAAGUUACUGUGGCAUUAAUUUCUCAAACAUGACAAUAUCUAUUUUACUUCUCUGUAUUAAACAUAGUUGUUGUAAGAACACUUUACUUUCAGAUCAAAUCCAUUAUCAGAUGCUUCCCCACACAAGCCUCUUGCUAAGAACAUUAUCAAACCAAUUGAGGUAAACAAAUUUAGGGAAGAUUAUCUCACAAAAUGGAAGGAUUAAACUGCUUCCACUGCCCUUGCCUUCCUGCUAUUUAAUUAGAGGCUUGCUGCUUAAGGCAAUAAAUGUUCAGAUAAAAGUGUGUCAGUGGCAGUUUGUGACGACAAACUUCAGUACUUCAGAACAGGGAGAAGUAAUAGUUUCUCAACAUUUCGAAAAGGGCAAAACCAGUCUAGGAUGAAUUUCAAAUUUGGAUUUGACUUUUGCUCUCUGAUUUAGAAGCUAGUUGCUUUUCAGACAAUCAAAGCUGAUAGGCAUUGACUCUCAUUGUGGUUUCUCAUCAUUGUCAAUCAAUAAAAUCUGCAGAAAAUGGAUUCCUUCCUUUAAAAACAAAUGAGCAAGGAUAAAACUUUUAAAAUAUCUGUUGGCUUCUAUUUUGAGCUAGCAGUUUCUGGUUCAAAAUAGAAAUGUUUCCCAUGCUAAAGAACUCAAUUGGUUUUUAAAAAAAACAUAUUUCUGUACUUAAAACAAAUGUAAAUAUAGGGUUUCUGUCCACUGAGCUCAUUGCAACCCUUUUAUUGAUGUCUUCUUCAUUUACGCAUCUUUUGGGUCCUGACAUUUAAAUAUUCUGGACCUCAUCAUGGACCUCUUACAGGCCCCUACUGAACUGUAUGGCUUUUACACAUUCUGCCCCCCUGAAUAACCACUACUUCUGGUGUGAACAGUAAUUGUCUAUGCAAGAUUAAUUUGAACCAUAGUGGAAUUGUCACAGAUCAGCACCAAUUCGUGUUCUGAAGAAGCUAUCCCGCCUCCUAGUUAAGAGUUUCAAAUAUACUUAGUCCAGCAGCUUUCUCCUCUUGUAAGGGUUUGACAUCGAGCUUUUUACAUGGUAAAGUUUUCUUGAUGUCCUGCAUUUUUUGCUCCUCCAGGUCAUAUGAACUCAUGAACCACCCCCACAUGAAACUUUUCAUGAUGGAUCAUCUGUAGUCUUUAAAGUCUUUAAAAGAUAGAAAUUUCUGGAGGAAAGGUUGUGUAGAAUUCUGUCACAAGGAUACCCUCGCCGCCUCUCAAAAAUUCAGAGAAGUGGGGAGUAUUUUAAUACUUGGCUUAGUGCAUAAACUGGUCUUUUAGCAGCAUGCACAAUGCGUUUUUGAAGUGGCUACGACAUGGUCUCUGGUCAUUCCUAUCUAACCUUUCUUUUCAAAAUUCGGUAAUGAAGUUCAGCAGUGCUUUUGGCACCAGCAAGCCACUAUAAGCUUCUCAAGUGUCUUGACUAUUUGACUUUAAUGGCUCUAAUAUCACAUUGCAGCACUGACGCCAAGGGCCAAGUCUAGAGAGUGAUUGGGAAUCCUGAGCUCAUAUUGUGGGUUGUAAGGCAGCUGUGAGAGCAUCCAUCUUGAAUCUCUUUUCUCAGACACUGCUUUUAUUCCAAGUCUACCUCCUUUUCUGUAGGCAUCUUGUGUUCUCAAUUUUACUGUUGCUGAAAAUGCAGAGGAAAAUACCUCUGCUAAAAUAAAAAUGUGGCGCCUCAUCUUUAAGCCUGUAAAGGUUCAAGGACUGAAGUGAUGUUUAGAAACUGUUCAGGAUCCAAAUAAUCUCAUUACUAGUUCCACAUUUAUCCAGUGGCCUCUGGACUCGUGUUUCUUAGGCAGCAGUUUCUACCCGCCUCAUGCCGUCUGACAAAUUGCUUUUGAAAUUUAGAGUUUGUGAUAUGAUAUUAGUUAGGGUGGGAGUCUUCUGUGCAUAGGGAACAAGUAAUAAAUUUAAGUCACAGCCAUAAUUUCGUUUUUCAAAAAGCAUCUAAUGUAGAACUGGGACCAAAACUGAAUCAAACAAUGUCCAUGCUGACAAACUGCUAGAAAACAAAAUAUCUGACUUUACAAGUCAUUUCAAAAAGUGACAUGUAUAUUUUUAAUUCCUAUCAAACAUGAAAAAUGUAUUUCGGGUGAUGAAAGUGUAAGAGUAAAAAUCUUGAAAGCUCUUAAUAUACAUAUUUUCCACAUAUCUCACCUUAUACUGUGAAAAUCAAUCUGUACACUUCAUGAAGAGCAGAAGUAUAAAUAAGCCAGCAUUAAGUUUGAACUUUCUAAUUAAAAAAAUGGGAGAACAAAUAUUCUUGUAUAGAUAAGAUUUCACAAGUAAUAGGAUACAUUUAAGAUGUCAGAUUGCUGUAGCUGGUGAAACGUUUUUGUGUUCUGUUUACAUCGACUACUGUUUUUUCUAUGAUUAUUUUUAGGGGAGUAAAAGCGUUUUAAAGUAAUAAUUGUUAUACCUUAGAACUUUAAUAUGUAACUAGCUCCUCUUAAACAAGCUCUGAAAUUCAUAAUUUAAGGGCCAAGGUAACUACAUUUGUGGUCCUACACAUCUACUAGCUUUGUAUGAAGUACUUUAUAACUUAAAAGUUACAGCAGUUUAUUAAACUAUCUCCAAGAUUGUUGCAGUGGGGUCAUUUUCUAUAUCUUUUUGUAUCUCCUGAUAUCUGCAUAGCCAUUAUGGACAAAAAUUAUUUUGAGGGGGGGCUUCAAAACAUUGAACCAUUAUUUGAUGUUUUUAAACCUUUUAAAAUUAUUGUGAAUACAAAAUCAAACUAUAGCGUCCUGUUUAUAUAUAUUGUCUAGCAUUACUACAUUUGUGAUAUUAUUAUUUUUAACAUAAUUAAGUUUGGAGAAAAACUACUAGUCUCUUGAACAGGUCAGUUUGGAGACUGCUUUGCUACUGUGAUAUCCAAUGUGGACCACUGCCUAAAGGUGGGGGGGAACGGGACUCUAAUUGGACCAAUAACCUUUGCUGAUAUGACAAUACCUUUAUCCUAUCUAUGCUAUUUGAUGAGAAAAUUAAUGCGUUUGACUUUAGUAGCAAUUGAAUCCGCACUGUGGUCUAAACCACUGAGCCUCUUGGGCUUGCCAAUCAGAAGGUCGGCGCUUCGAAUCCCCGCGAUGGGGUGAGCUCCCGUUGCUCGGUCCCUGCUCCUGUCAACCUAGCAGUUCGAAAGCACGUCAAAGUGCAAGUAGAUAAAUAGGUACUGCUCCGGCGGGAAGGUAAACGGUGUUUCUGUGUGCUGCUCUGGUUUGCCAGAAGCGGCUUAUUCAUGCUGGCCACAUGACCUGGAAGCUGUCUGCAGACAAACGCCGGCUCCCUCGGCCUAUAGAGCGAGAUGAGCGCCGCAACCCCAGAGUCGUCUGUGACUGGACCUAACAGUCAGGGGUACCUUUACCUUUACUUUACUUAAAAUCAGCGAUAUACAUUCCAUGGCAAUCAGUGCUACAGAAUCAAGUUUUUCUGUGUUUAAAGAGAGAUAAAAUAACUCUGGGGGCAGUUUUCUAAUGCUGUAUCUUUGCGUAUUACGCAUGAUGUAUUGUACUGAUUUAAGCUAAGAAUCCUGGAACCAACAUUUCUGAUACAGAAGUACCUUUUCCACUUGAGUUUCUGUUGUGUACAUGUACAAAGGCAAUUGUUUCCAUGAUAAAAUAAAUGGGAUUAACCAUAGUUCAAACAAGAACAUACUUUGCCUAGCUGGAUCUACAGUCACUUGUUACGUCAGCAAAUAAAUGCUUUCGAUGAGGACAGUAUAUCAGCUGUUACAUCAACACAAUGAUGUCAUGUAGCCAUUGCACUGGAUUGAAGUGGAAGCAUAGACAUUUAUCAGUGCUGAAAUGUUUCAUUUCAUUGUCUACUGAAAUCAUCUUUCAAAGAAUGUUACUUUUUUGUACAAUGUCUCAAGUUUAUAUAGUCUGACUGUACCUGAUAUCAGUACUAUUCACCAAUUUCCUAAAGGAAAUACCUCACUUUGAGCAAUCUCUCUUUUUGUAACUGUCAAGUGAGUGGAAUUCUGUGUCUUCGUUACUGAUUGUAAAGUGCUAUAAACUGAACCAAGCCAAGGAACAAAAUAAUAAUGGCUUUUAAUGGUUUACCGUUAUGAGACAUGCUGAUUUCCUUAAAAUAAAUCUGGUGUUUGUUUUUAAACAUUAGGAAAUUGUCUUAUUUCAAGAUUUUGUCUGUGCACUAUAGAAUCACUGCUCAUUUUGCCUGCUUGGGUUUUGUCCCCCUCACCCCUUCUGACUGGCUUUCUGUAAGCUGAAUUUUUAAUAUGGAGAAAAAUUAAAAGAACAGGGGCCAAGC